UGGGGCUGGCUGGUGAUGCUGGCGGCCAUGUGGUGCAACGGGUCGGUGUUCGGCAUCCAGAACGCUUGCGGGGUGCUCUUCGUGUCCAUGCUGAAGACCUUCGGCUCCAAAGAUGAUGAUAAGAUGGUCUUUAAGACAGGUGAGGCGCGGCGCCCGCCGAGGCCAGCCUGGGGGACCCGUAUGGGGCCCCAGAGCGCAUUCCGCGUGUGAGGUGUGAGCUGUACCCGACCCCGAGUACGUGCGUCGGUGAGUCCUCGUGCCAGAGGGUGCGAGUGGGGGGGUCUGUCGGGAUGCUGACAGAGCUUGCCGUUUCUGGGGCUUCGGGGUGCCUGUCUUUAUGUGGAAUCCAGCUGCAGAGCUGUGUUUGCAAGCAGGUGGCAGAACUUACGUGCCGAGAUCGUCCUCCUUUCCCCUCCGCAGAGUAGACGCUAACAGCCCACAGGAUCCCUUCCCUUUAGUGUAUAAAAACAAACAGAACCCCAGAACCUUCAACCCCAGACGUCACAGUGUCGUUUUUGUGGUCUCUUUCGUGACUAUGCCUUUUGUGUAGUUGUACAUCUGCCUACUGGGCCGCAGAGGGGUGUGAGUAUGUUGGCGGGGCGGGGGGUGGAGUUUGGCGAAAUGAAAGAGAUUUGUACGAAGGUCACUGGAGUUCCGAAGGGGGCCCUGGAAGAGUCACGGUUCCGUGCCUUCCCUCCGCCCCCGCUUUGCCCACUGUGCUAAAUGUAGAAAGUAUGGGAGGCAGCCGGAUUAGGGACUAGGAAGAGGAAGGUGAGGGGUUGCCUCUUCCCUCUUCCUCUUGUGUUUUUUGACACUUUUAAAACCAUACAGUAAAUUAGAUAUAAAAGGUGCAGAUUCAGUAUUUUCUCCCUGAAGAGCAUUAUUAAGACUUUUUUGGCUGAUUAGGCAAAAACAAGUCUAAGCCCUUCUGCAUGACACUUUAACAUAAAUUAUUUCAUUUUAUCCUGCAAGGUGAGUGCUGUCAAUCCCAUUUAGGUGAGAAAAUAUAGCUCAGUGAAAGUGUCUUGGUGGGUAGCAGAAUGGCAAUAAAACAUGUAUCAACUGACUUCAAGGGCUAAGUGAUUUCCAUUACUAAAUCAGACUCCUUCCCUGUCAUUUGGGGUAACUUUAUAUGAUUAAUAGUCUUGUUUUUAACCUUGAUUUUCUAUUAUUUUUAGAGUGAAUAUUCCUUAGGUCUUUAGUAUGUAUACACGGAAUGGGCAAGACUGUAAUAAAUUCUAAGGCAAAGAGUCUCACUCGGUCACCCAGGCUGGAGUGCAGUGGUGCGGUCAUGGCUCACUGCAACCUCUAUAAAGUUACAUUAUUUCAAAGAAAUUGAACCCUUUGAGGCCAUGAAACACUAUUUCUUUUCUCUGUACUUCUUGUUUUUGGGUUUUGCUUCACCACCAAUUUAUGACUACCAAAACCCUACAGAUCCCAUAAUUAACUCACAGCUGCCAUCUUGCCACCAUAGAUAGAAUGGGAGCUGGUGGUGAAUGGAGAAUAGAAAAACUAAUAGACCACAAGCUUUUUGGACCACUGUGUUAUUGCUGAACAAUAACCCAGCCCCUUCACUUUACAGGUAAGUAAACAAGCCCUAGGGACUCAGCAGUGAAUCUGUGUCUUAGGACUUCAAAUCUAGUGCCCUUUCUGUUGUACUUCAAAGACAGAACAGGAGGGAGAGCAAAGCCAAAUUAUUGACAUUUUAGGAGCUGCUUUUUAAGGAAGGAUAGGACAUUGGACUUGGUGUCAUUAUCAUGUUAAGUUAUAAAUUUUUAAAAAUGCUACCACCCCAAAACAAAAAUAGGUAAAAGAUAUGAAUAGGCAAUUCACCAAAAAAGAAAUACAAUAGACAUGAAAGAAUACCCAACAUAAUUAAAGAAAUGUAAGUAGCAAAUUUCUAUUGGUAUCUCAAGAGAAAACAUUUACCUCUGAGCUUUAUUAUUCAGACCAUUGGCCUCACAGGGCUUCUUGUUGACGAUCUACCCUAACUUUAGAAAAUGUAAUUGUAACAGGAAGAAAAUGAAUGCAAAUGAUAAAAGACGAAGUAUGACUUGCUCAAUAAAUUUUAUGAAAGUUAUGGUAGUUUUAAACCUCUCUUUAUUCAUUCCCUCCAGUUCUGUCUAGCACCUAUAAAGAUGAAUUAUUUCAGGUCGUGUGUGGCAUUGAUGGACCACUAUGCAGAAAGCUGUGAAGGGCUCAAAGCAGUUGAGAAUAGGUAUCACGACUUAAUUUUACCUGCCUUUCCUGCCACACACAACCAGAGAAGCUGGUUCAUCUCUGACUGAGGAAAUAUUUUCAUGCUUCUUUAGAAGAUUUUGCAGGGUUCUCAGGAAGACAAAGCCAAAGAACAAGAACAGUCAAAGUAGGACCAGGACCAAAAGUCUGAGGUCACACUGGAAGGUGUUGUGCUGAAGGAGGCAGGGAUGGGACUUUGAAAUGAAGCCAAGUGCAUUCCAGUAAAGCCAAGAUUAAGGGGACUGAGUGGGUUUUCUGUCGUUGGCAAGCAAUGUGCCAUAUCUUUGAAGGGCUAAGCUAGCCCAGGAGUUCUGAUAAGAGCUCUGAACUUAAUAUUGCUGACACAAAAACAGGCUUUCUCAGAUCCUAUUUGGAAGUAAACAGGGUAAAAGUUAUAAAUAGUGUUGCUUUUUAAAGUUGAUUAUAUAUUUUAGAGGUGGGUCAGUCAGAUCAUAUAGAGAUGCUUCAUUCUAACCCUUUGUAGCAAGAAUUGGCAAAAAUAUUCUCUAAAGAGCCGUUUAGUAAAUAUUUUAGAGUAGGCUGCAUAGUCUCUUUUGCAGCUACUCAGCUUCAUACAACGUGUAAACAAAUAGGUGUGACUGUAUUUUAGUAAAACUUUGUUGGACACUAACAUUGGAAUCUUACACCAUUUUUAUAUGUUUUGACAUAUUCUUUUGAAUUUUUUCUAGCAAUUUCAAAAUGUAAAAGCAUUUUUAGCUUGUGAGGUGUAUAAAAAUGAGCAGUGGGCCAUAUUUUGCCUGCAGGCCAUAUUUUGCUGAUCUUUGCUCUAUAGCAUCACUGCCAGUAGAAAUAAUGCUAGCCGUGUAUUAUGGACUAAAUGUUUGUAACCCUCAAAAUCCAUAUGUUGAAGCUCAAACCCCUGGUGUCGCAAUAUUUGGAGAUGGGACCUUGAAGGAUGUACUUAAGGUUGAAUGAAGUCACAAGGAUGGGGUCCUGAUCUGAUAGGAUUAGUGUCCUUAUAAGAAGAAACACCAGAUACACUCAUUGAGGAAAUGCAGAACGUUGUAACUUUGCUGGUUUGGAAACCAUAAUACUGGCAGGCUUGCUGGUCUUCAUUUUUCUUAUUUUGAAUGUCUUCUUUCAAGUAUUUUAUGUAUCCAGACCCAAUUUUUAUAAGGAAAUUUCUUUUGAAUGGUUAGGUGAAGUCUUUAAUUGUGAAGUUGGCUUAAACCAUUAAGUAGUAUAAAUGGGGACAUUCAUCUUAGAAAUUAACUUGAAAUGUAGACUAGAAAUAUAAAAAAUGUGGUCAUGACUAAUGCCUGUAUCCAUUUCCCAAAAAAGGGAUUUGUACAUGUCCUCACAUUGCAGAACUACAUUGACAGUCAGGGAAACAUGCUGACAUCAUUCUUCCAACAUCCUUAGUUUGGGUUUCAUGAAGCAUUUUUCCCAUUUCUCCUUUUUCUCAGAGAAAUGUAAUCCUUUCUCAGAUUCUUGGAAAAAUGAUUAAGACUUUUUCUUGGGGGUAUAUUUAUAAUAAUAGGCAUAUAUCUAGUCUGAAAAGUGAUCAUCAACAUUGUUUUACUUAAAAAAACCUUGCAUCAGCAUUGUUUAAAAAUAUAUAUAAGUAUGCAAAAAAGUAUGCUACAAUCAGAGGUACUUAUUAGAGUUGUCAAAUGGCAAUUCUUCAUGUCAUUUUUAGAAAUUUAACUUAGAUUGUAUAGACUAGUUCAGGCUUAGAUAACUAUGGAAGCCUUUGCACUUUCAAAUAUGCUUUUUUAUAGUUAAGUUUCUAUACAACAUACAUUUUAUAACCAAAAUGGAAGUGAAAUGCCAAAAUGGCAGUAGAUUCUGUUAAUGUGUGCAUCCCUCCAUUCCAGAAUUCCAAAAAAAAUCAGACAUAAUGACUUUCAUUUGUAUUUUAUAUUAUUAGAUUUAUCGAUAUAAAAUUGCUCUUUUAAACUGCUCUUUCUAAACACUCUUUGUUUCUUUAGUUAUCUUGUGAACUGCUAAUAGUUUGCAGACUGGUACCCAUCCAUGAACUACAUUAAGCAUUGGUCUAGAUGACUUUCACUUAUACCACGAGCCAGAAGAAUACUGUAGAUUAUUUGGCUGUUUUUUAAAAAGAGAAUGAACAUCAUGUCAUAGUAUUGGUUAUUAAUAUUUGAGCAAGAUAUUAGGGUUGUCUCAAUGUCUCAAUCAUUGCAGAGUGGUGUGUGUGUGUGUGUGUUUAAGAAUUGAUUUGGAAACAGUUAUCUUAAGGUGUUAGGAUUAUUUUUAUUCUUUAGUACUUAUGGUAUAAACUGAACCCCACUGAAAUAGAGCUUAUUUUGAUAUAUAAUUUUUCAAGUUAUUUUUUAUAAGUCUGUGGAUAGAUAGCAGUCAAGUAGGAACUUUAUUUCCCUAAUAGAAAAAAUAUAUAUAAAGCAUUUUUGUCAAAUAUUUCUGUUGCAUUUAUUCAUUCAAAGUGUAUUUAGAAUGUUUAUUUCCAGGAAAUUUUGGAAUAUAUAAUACAACCUGUUUCUUAUGACUCCACUUUAAGUGAGCCAUAGGUCACAUAAUGAUCAGCAAAAUAUAAGUACACAUUUGCCUCUCACUCCCUGCUGGAGAAAUUGAGGCAGUCUAGUAACCCUGUAGGCCUGGAUUAGUCCAGUUCAUUGGCACCAGCGUUAUCAAGAUUUUAUUGUGGUCAGCCACGGUGGCUCACGCCUGUAAUCCCAGCACUUUGGGAGGCUGAGUUGAGCCAAGCACUUGAGCCCAGGAGUUCAAAACCAGCCUGGACAACAUAGCAAAACCCUGUCUCUACAAAAUAUAUAAAAUUAACUGGGCAUGGUGGCAUGUGCCUGUAGUCCCAGCUACUUGGGAUGCUGAGACAAGAGGAUCACUUGAGCCCAGGAGGUUGAGGCUAUGGUGAGCUGUGAUUGUGCCACUGCACCCCAGCUUUGGUGAUACAGUGAGACCCUGUCUCAAACAAACAAAAAAGAUUAUAUUGUGUUUUGAAAUACAUAGUUUUUAGAGAAAUUCUGUGUUAUUCUUUUAUUUCCAUUUACAGCUUGGUUUAAAGAAACUUUAUGGAAAGCUACAGACUAACCUCCCUUUCCUUUGAUUUUUUUCCAUGUUAUAGCAGAGAACCAGCCAGGGCCAGAUUCCUGGGCAUGUGACCUCUACAGUAGAGAAGGGCUUUUCUCAGAAAGGUCUCAUAAUUAGUGCUCUGUCAGUGUCUUGAAUAUUCUUAAUAAUUUUAUAUUUAGUCUUGCUUUGUAAGCUAAGCCCAGUGGGCCAAUGGAGGCAGUUCUAGGGGUUUGGGUUUGGCUCAUGUGAGGUACCUCCUCCUUACCUCCCCAGGAUGGGCGUUGGUAGCUGGCUUCCUGUACCCUUGUACCCCAGGCUUUUCUCGACCCCCACCCCAUGUUCACUGUUGCCUUCACCUGGGGUGACAACUGGAUCACGUGGGAGAGGAGGAAACCUGUGUUCUGCUGUCACCCUCCUUCACCUCUUCCUGGAUCCUGGGUACAAGCUCAGGGCGGGUUGGGAUCAGUUGUCUGUGGCUCACAGUGUUGGGGGAAGUGAUGGUGGUCAUUUUAUCCCAGGCUGGCAGCAUGCUGGUAUAUUGAUGGGCAGCUGCUGGAAUAAUGGUUUGUCCUGGACCUGGACCUGACUCUGUAUCUUGGCUUUAAUCUAGUCCACUUCUCAGCAUUCCUUGGAAGCCCACCUAAACUGCAGAGACGAAGAAGAAUAUGCUUAGAGAUUUUAAAGAUGGAACCCAGUAUGCUGACUAUCAAUUGGAAAGGAGUUCAGAUUCUGGAUGGGUUAAGUCACUGAUUUUCCAGGCAAGUGGAACUUUAAUGCCUGUUGGACCUGCUAGCGCUGUUUCUCCACUGUGGGCUGGCUGGGGAGGAACACUUGCCUUUAAAGAACUCCGUGCUCUUUAAAGCUUCCAGAGCACAAUUGAGAUCCUUGAGGUACAGUUCUUCCAUGCAGACCUAGCACCUGCUUUAGGUAAGGGCUCUUGUACUGAGUUCUUACUGGAUUUUUAUCAUGUUUAGUGCAGCUUCCUGCUUCUUCAAAGAGAACUGGUGGGUUCUGUUUUAGGCUUUUCUGUUUUGGUGGGGGGGGGGGCGUGCCAAACCAUAUUAACAAGGGGAGUGGGGUUGAUAAAGCGGUGGUGAAGAAGAUGAAAUGCAACGUCCUCGGCCAGACCAGGAGCUCACCUCCCAGGCCCUGCCGUGCAGGUGCUGAAAACUGUUUUAGGCUUUUCUGCAUGGUUGAAGUUUACUCUUAGUGGCUGACCGUCAUCCACCCUCUUGACAGGGGUACUGACAAUAAUCACUGUUGGUAUUUUAUUUACUGCAAGUUCUUCAUCAUUACCGAGACUCAUUUCAUUUGGAAAAUAAACACUGCCUCAUCUGUUCAUGGUAUAUUUUUAUACUUGCCUUUCACUCACAUGUUGCAUAUUAACUUGCCUUCUGAAAAGAUCAACAUGAUCUUGGAGCCUAAUGUGAUCUGGAUCUUAUUACCAUGUAUGAUUUUUAUCAUCAGGUGCUGCUUUGGGCUCUGGCCCAUUUUUCCCACCUGUCAUCAUCCUAUCAGGUUGAUCUCUGCCUGGUUCCAUAGUAACUUGGCUUUUGGAGUUUUAUUUUUUCUCUAACCCACCCUUCCCUUCCCUGUCAGAUAUAAUUGUCUCAUGAGCAACUGUGCCUGAUAAUCCCAAUGUAUAGGCCAAAGCCCAGGUUGUUUUAAUGCUUGCAAGGAAGUCUCUUCAGACUACUACAGGGUAAAAGAAUCUGUUCCCUUUCAACCUCUCAUUGCUUACUGAAUCAAUUAUUUAUUUACUUGUGUAAUUCACAUCCAUGCUCAGAUAUGUGUUUGGUUUUCCUCUGAGACUGUGGCUCCCUCUACACAAGGGUCUUUGUCUGGUAUUAGUCUACUUCUUCAGUGUCUAAUUUCAUGAAGCAGAAUCAGGGCAAGACCUACUGGCUGAGACUUGCUACUGCCUCAUUUAUUUGGUUUACUGUUUAAGUCCUUCAGCCAGGAAAUGAUAGUAAUAUUUGCCUGAUUCUUUUACAUUCCAAUAGAUGGAUAACCAGGAACAGUUCCUAAAUAUUCUGAUGUAGGUAUAAGGGGCAAUCGGAGCCUGAAUCUGAGCCCCUUGGCAGGGAUGGUUUCCCUGGGUUACUGGAUUUGAGUCUUUGUCCUCCUUCAUACUAACUUCUGUGACCCUUGGCUCAAGGAGUCCUUUCUUACCUAAAUACCCUCCUGAAGAAAGUGCUGAUAUUCAUCAGAAAAAAAAUGUAGGGUUUGUGUUUUGUUACCACCAGGGAGACACUGACCUUAAUCCUCUCCCCUCUUCUUUUCCUUAAAAAAUUUUUAAAAAAAUAUUUUAUUGCACUUUAGGUACUGGGGUACAUGUGAAGAACAUGCAGGAUUGUUGCAUAGGUACAUACAUGGCAAUGCAGCAAACCUUUUAAAAUUUUCAAGAAUCCUCAGAAUUGAGGGUCAGUACUGGAUCAGAAGGGACAGAAAAGUCAGCCAGUCAAAGGUGAGAAAGGGGCCUUGGGUUCCAGUGUUCUACUUCAGAGGGCUUGAGAGCCACAUUAAGAGCAAACCAAAUACUCUGAGGUGCUGAGAAAAAAUUGCUCUAAAUCCAGGAUGAUUUCAUCAUAUGACAUGAGAUGAAGGAGUUCGUGAUUAGUAAUAGGCUUUUUGAUUGGCAGGAAGUAAGUAAACUGUAGGUAAUAGGAUUGGCCAUAGAAAUAUAGGAAACUCUAUGCUUUCAAAUCCUGUGAAGUUAGGACUGAACCAAAUUAUUUGGGGUUCAUUGGUGGCUAAGAAAUUAACUUUUUUACUUAUAGUUAGAAAAAAAUUUUAAAGAAUUUUUAUUAAUUCUUCCCCAGAAUAGUAAUUUUUAAAAAUUUUAUUUAUUUUUAAUGUUUGGGAAACUUUAUAUUUUUCUUUUUUUAAAUUAUACUUUAAGUUUUGGGGUACAUGUACAAAAUGUGCAGAUUUGUUACAUAGGUAUACACGUGCCAUGGUGGUUUGCUGCAUCCAUUCCCCGUCAACUACAUUAGGUACUUCUCCUAAUGCUAUCCCUCCCCUAUCCCCCCACCCUCUGCUGUCCUGCCCCUGACCCCCCACCCCCUGCUAUGCCUCCACUAGCCUCCCACCCCCAACAGGCCCUGGUGUGUGAUGUUCUCCUCCCUGUGUUGAUGUGUUCUCAUUGUUAAAUGCCCACUUAUAAGUGAGAACAUGUGGUGUUUGGUUUUCUGUUCUUGUUUCAGUUUGCUGAGAAUGAUGGUUUCCAGCAUUAUCCAUGUCCCUGCAAAGGACAUGAACUCAUUCAUUUUUAUGGCUCCAUAGCAUUCCAUGGUGUAUAUGUACCACAUUUUCUUUAUCCAGUCUAUCACUGAUGGGCAUUUGGGUUGGUUCCAAGUCUUUCCUAUUGUGAACAGUGCCACAAUAAACAUAACAUGUGCAUGUGUCUUUAUAAUGGAAUGAUUUAUAGUCCUUUGGGUAUAUACCCAGUAAUGGGAUUGCUGGGUCAAAUAGAAUUUUUAUUUCUAGAUCCUUGAGGAAUCACCACACUGUCUUCCACAAUGGUUGAAUUAAUUUACACUCCUACCAACAGUGUAAAAGCAUUCUUAUUUCUCCACAUCCUCUCCAGCAUCUGUUGUCUCCUGAUUUUUUAAUGAUCGACAUUCUAACUGGUGUGAGAUGGAGUCUUGCUCUGUUGCUCAGACUGGAGUCCAGUGGUACAAUCGUGGUCACAGAUCACUGCAGCCUUGACCUCCCAGGUCAAGAGACUGUCCCACCUCAGCCUCUUGAGUAGCUAGGACUACAGGCAUGUACCAUCCCAUCCAGCUAAUUUUUGUAUUUUUUGUAGAGAUGAGGCCUGGGCUCAGGCCUCAGCUGCUAGUAUUACAGGUGUGAGUAUUACCAUGCCCAGCCAGAGUGAUUUUCCUUUGCUGAAUUCUUAAAACUUUAUUCUGGCUUAGGUAAUUGAGUAGGAAUGGCAGAGAGUAUUUUAAGUUUAAUCUUUAGCAUUACAUAAAAGCAAAUCUCUACAAACAUGAAGUAGAAAAUGUUCUUUACAGACUUUCUAUAGGAAAAAUAAAUGUUUAUAGAGUCUGCUUAUCAACUGUUUGUUCUUCCUACCUCUGCAGUUUCAUCCAUUGAUAACUGUCAGAGUUCAAGUUCAGUUCAUUGUACAGUUUCUGGGAAUUUUCCUUACUGUUAAUUAGUAAGACUUUGAAUCAUUAAAUGCUGAUGCCUACAUGGCACAAUUCAUUAAAGACAGUCAUACUUUAACCUUCAUACAGUUUUAUGGGAAGGUGAACUACAACUAGGAAAGUAUCUUAUUAAAGUAUUUUGCAUUUUACUAACAAAUUUAUUUAAACCCUGAAUUAGUCUUUAUUUUUGUUUCCAAAUUCUCAGUAACAUCUCAGUAGAUCUGUGAAUUCUGCCAAAAGAUGUAUUUUAAUCUGGGGGGGACUCAAGAUGGCGCUGUGAGAACAACCCAGGAUUGAAGCUCUCAGUGAAUGCACAGAGAGGGUGAGUCAGGGCUGCAUCUCCAGACGGAUCUUUGUUGCCCACAGAACGGGGAAAUUCCCAGGUAUAAAAGAGACAUGGGAUGCCAGGCAGAGGUAUUGGCUGGUGCAGCCGGCAGCCAGUGCAGCCGGUGGCUGGCGCUGUAGUGCAGCGGUGCUACACAGCACUCUGCACAAAGCGCACUGGUCCAGGUGCCCUGUUGAACCGGCAAUCUGAGACUUGAGAGGGCUGAACGUGAGACUGAACGGGGCUUGGACAGUGAGCCAGGCCAGGAGAUUCCAGGCAAACAGCGUUUGGGGUAGCACAGUGGGACAAACGAAAUGCCGAUUCCAAACGCUCCAGGUGGAGAGGUUCCCUGCGGGCACAGCUGAACCCAGGAUGGUGCAGCUCCGUGGGGGAGGGGCGUCCGCCAUUACCGAGGCAAUCCGCCCCUACUGAGGUACACGCCCAUUGCUGACGCAGCCUGCCGUUGCCGAGGCAACCCACUACAACAGAGAGACUCUGCCACAGGGCAUAGCCUGUGGCAGCAGGGUGGAGACCGCAGCAGCAGGGCAGAGCCUGCAGCAACAGGGCGAACCUCACACUAGCAGGGCAGAGCCUCGGCAGGCAAAUAGUGACUAGACAGCCUCCUAGCUGGGCAGGACAGCCCAACGGACACUCACAAAGAAAGUCCCAACCCCCCUGAGACAGAGCAUCUGAGAAAAAAAGGUUUUUUUUAAUGAGUUCUGCUGCAGCAGAAUUAAAUGUAGCAGCCUAACAGCCCUGAAUGAACAACAGAGCUCACAGCUCAGCACUUGAGCUCCUAUAAAGUACAGACUGUCUCCUCAAGCAGCUCCCUGACCCCUCUAUAUCCAAAAGACUGACAUUUGGCAGCCAUCAUUCUGGGACAAAGAUAGCAGAAAAAGAAACUGGUAGCAUCCCUCACUGUUCUGCAGCUGCUGUAGGUGCACCCUAGACAAGCAGGGCCUGGAGUGGACCUCAGCAGUCGUACAGUGGAGGGGCUAGACUGGUAGAAGGAAAACCAAGUAACAGAAAUACUUCAUCAUCAACAAUAUGGGUGUCCACUCAGAGACCCAAUCAAAAAGUCAGCAACUACACAGACGACAGGUGGAUAAAUCCACAAAGAUGGGAAGAAACGAGCGCAAAAAGGAGGAAAACGCCCAAAACCAGAACACCUCACCUCCUAGAAAGGACCAAAACUCCUCACCAGCAAGGGAACAAAGCUGGACGGAAAAUGACUGUGACAAAAUGACGAAAUUAGACUUCAGAAGGUGGAUAAUGAGAAACUUUUGUGAGCUAAAAGAACAUGUUUUAAAUCAAUGCAAAGGAACUAAGAACCUUGAAAAAAGAUAUGAAAAAAGAUUUCAGGAAAUGAUAACAAGAAUGGAUAACUUAGAGAGGAAUAUGAAUGAAUUAAAGGAGCUGAAAAACACAAUAUGAGAACUUCGCGAAGCAUGCACAAGUUUCAAUAGCCGAAUUGAACAAACAGAAGAAAGAAUAUCAGAAGUCGAAGAUCAACUCAAUGAAAUAAAACGAGAAACCAAGAUCAGAGAAAAAACUGCAAAAAGGAAUGAACAAAGUCUCCAAGAAAUGUGGGACUAUGUGAAGAGACCUAACCUAACCUACAUUUGAUAGGCGUACCAGAAUGUGACGAAGAGAAUGAAUCCAAGCUGGAAAAUACUCUUCAGGACAUAAUCCAGGAAAAUUUCCCCCACCUAGCAAGACAGGCCAACACUCAAAUACAGGAAAUACAGAGAACACCACAAAGAUAUUCCGCAAGAAGAGCAACCCAAAGGCACAUAAUCAUCAGAUUCAACAAGGUUGAAAUAAAGGAGAAAAUACUAAGUAAGGGCAGCCAGAGAGAAAGGUCGGGUCACCCACAAAGGGAAGCCCAUCAGACUCACAGCAGAUCUCUCGGCAGAGACACUACAAGCCAGAAGAGAGUGGGGGCCAAUAUUCACCAUCCUUAAAGAAAAGAACUUUCAACCCAGAAUUUCAUAUCCAGCCAAACUGAGCUUCAGAAGUGAAGGAAAAAUAAAAUCCUUUGCGAACAAGCAAGUACUCAGAGAUUUUGUCACCACCAGGCCUGCUUUACAAGAGCUCCUAAAAGAGGCACUACACAUAGAAAGGAACAACCAGUACCAGCCAUUCCAAAAUCACACUAAAAGUUAAAGAGCAUCAACAUAAUGAAGAUUCUACAACAACUAACAGGCAAAACAGCCACUUAGCAUCAAAAUGGCAGUAUCAAAUUCACACAUAACGAUAUUAACCCUAAAUGUAAAUGGACUAAAUGCAGCAAUCAAAAGACACAGACUGGCAAAUUGGAUAAAAAUCCAAAGCCCAUCAGUGUGCUGUAUCCAGGAAACCCAUCUCACAUGCAAGGAUACACAAGGGCUCAAAAUAAAGGGAUGGAGGAAGAUUUACCAAGCAAAUGGAGAGCAAAAAAAGCAGGAGUUGCAAUUCUCAUCUCUGAUAAAAUAGACUUUAAAGCAACAAAGAUCAAAAGAGACAACGAAGGCCAUUACAUAAUGGUAAAAGGAUCGAUACAACAAGAAGAGCUAACGAUCCUAAACAUAUAUGGACCCAAUACAGGAGCACCCAGAUACAUAAGGCAAGUUCUUAAUGACUUACAAAGAGACUUAGACUCCCACACAAUAAUAGUGGGAGACUUUAACACUCCACUGUCAAUAUUAGACAGAUCAACCAGACAGAAAAUCAACCAGGAUAUCCAGGGCUUGAACUCAGACCUGGAACAAGCAAACCUGAUAGACAUUUACAGAACUCUCCACCCCAAAUCCACAGAAUAUACAUUCUUCUCAGCACCACAUCACACCUACUCUGAAAUUGACCACAUAAUUGGAAGUAAAGCACUCCUCAGCAAAUGCAAAACAACUGAAACCAUAACAAACAGUCUCUCAGACCAUAGUGCAAUCAAGUUAUAACUCAGAAUUCAGAAACCAACUCAGAACCGCACAGCUUCAUGGAAACUGAACAACUGGCUCUUGAAUGUUGACUGGAUAAACAAUGAAAUGAAGGCAGAAAUAAAGAAGUUCUUCGAAACCAAUGAGAACGAAGACACAACAUGCCAGAAUCUCUGGGACACAUUUAAAGCAGUCUCUAGAGGAAAAUACAUAGCAAUAAGUGCCCAUAUGAGGAGAAUGGAGAGAUCCAAAAUUGACACCCUAUCAUCAAAAUUGAAAGAGCUAGAGGAGCAAGAUCAAAAAAACUCAAAACCCAGCAGAAGACAAGAAAUAACUAAGAUCAGAGCUGAACUGAAGGAGAUAGAGACACGAAAAACCCUCCAAAAAAAUCAAUAAAUCCAAGAGCUGGUUUUUUGAAAAGAUCAACAACAUAGACAGACCACUAGCCAGACUGAUUAAAAAGAAAAAAGAGAACAACCAAAUAGAUGCAAUAAAAAAUGAUAAAGGGGAAAUCACCACAGAUUCCACAGAAAUUCAAACCAUCAUCAGAGAAUAUUACAAACAACUCUAUGUACAUAAACUAGUAAACCUGGAAGAAAUGGAUAAAUUCCUGGACUCCUGUGUCCUCCCAAGCCUAAACCAGGAGGAAGCUGAAACUAUGAAUAGACCAAUAACAAGGUCUGAAGUUAAGGCAGCAAUUAAGAGCCUACCACACAAAAAAAGCCCAGGUCCAGAUGGGUUCACAGCCAAAUUCUACCAGACACACAAAGAGGAGCUGGUACCAUUCCUUCUAAAACUAUUCCAAAUAAUCCAAAAACAGGGAAUCCUUCCCAAAUCAUUUUAUGAGACCAAUAUCAUCCUGAUACCAAAACCCGGCAGAGACCCAACAAGAAAAGAAAACUUCAGGCCAAUAUCCAUGAUGAACAUAGAUGCAAAAAUCUUCAAUAAAAUAUUGGCAAGCCGAUUGCAACAGCAAAUCAAAAAACUUAUCCAUCAUGAUCAAGUAGGAUUCAUCCCGGGGAUGCAAGGCUGGUUCAACAUACGCAAGUCUAUCAACGUAAUUCAUCAUAUAAACAGAACCAAAAACAAAAACCACAUGAUUAUCUCAAUUGACGCAGAGAAGGCAUUCGACAAAAUUCAACAGCCCUUUAUGCUAAAAACCCUCAAUAAACUCGGUAUCGAUGGAACGUAUCUCCAAGUAAUAAAAGCUAUUUAUGACAAACCAACAGCCAAUAUCAUACUGAAUGGGCAAAAACUGGAAGCAUUCCCUUUGAAAUUCGGCACUAGCCAAGGAUGUCCUCUCUCACCACUCCUAUUCAAUAUAGUACUGGAAGUUCUAGCCAGAGCAAUCAGGCAAGAAAAAGAAAUAAAGGGUAUUCAAAUAGAAAAGGUGGAAGCCAAAUUGUCUCUAUUUGCAGAUGACAUGAUAGUAUACCUAGACGACCCCAUCGCCUCAGCCCAAAAACUCCUGAAACUGAUAAGCAACUUCAGCAAAGUCUCAGGAUAUAAAAUCAAUGUGCAAAAAUCACAAGCAUUCGUCUACACCAAUAACAGACUUAAAGAAAGCCAAAUCAAGAAUGAACUGCCAUUCACAAUUGCUACAAAAAGAAUAAAAUACCUAGGAAUACAACUCACAAGGAACGUAAGGGACAUCUUCAAGGAGAACUACAAACCACUGCUCAACGAAAUCAGAGAGGACACAAACAGAGGGAGAAACAUUCCAUGUUCAUGGUUAGGAAGAAUUAAUAUCGUGAAAAUGGCUAUACUGCCCAAAGUAAUUUACAGAAUCAAUGCUAUCCCCAUCAAGCUACCAUUGACUUUCUUCACAGAACUGGAAAAAACCACCAUGAACUUCAUAUGGAGUCAAAAGAGAGCCCGCAUAGUCAAGUCGAUUCUAAGCAAAAAGAACACAGCGGGGGCAUCACACUACCAGAUUUCAAACUAUACUACAAGGCUACAGUAAUCAAAACAGCAUGGUACUGGUACCAAAACAGAGAUAUAGACCAAUAGAACAAAACAGAGGCAUCGGAGGCAACACAACAUAUCUACAACUAUACAAUCUUUGAUAAACCUGACAAAAACAAGCAAUGGGGAAAGGAUUUCCUGUUUAACAAAUGGUGUUGGGAAAACUGGCCAGCCAUGUGUAGAAAGCAGAAACUGAACCCCUUCCUGACACCUUACACUACAAUUAACUCCAGAUAGAUUAAAGACUUAAACAUAAGACCUCACACCAUAAAAACCCUAGAAGGAAAUCUAGGCAAAACCAUCCAGGACAUAGGAAUAGGCAAGGACUUCAUGAACAAAACACCAAAAGCAUUGGCAACAAAAGCCAAAAUAGACAAAUGGGACCUAAUGAAACUCCACAACUUCUGCAUGGCAAAAGAAACAGUCACUAGAGUGAAUUGGCAAUCAACAGAAUGGGAAAAAAUUUUUGCAGUUUACCCAUCUGACACAGGGCUGAUAUCCAGAAUUUACAAAGAACUCAAAGAGAUUCACAGGAAAAAAACAAACAAGCCCAUUCAAAAAUGGGCAAAGGAUAUGAACAGACACUUUAUGAAAGAAGACAUAUAUGAGGCCAACAAUCAUAUGAAAAAAUGCUCAUCAUCACUGGUCAUCAGAGAGAUGCAAAUCAAAACCACAUUGAGAUACCAUCUCACGCCAGUUAGCAUGGCGAUCAUUAAAAAAUCUGGAGACGACAGAUGCUGGAGAGGAUGUGGAGAAAAAGGAACACUUUUACACUGUUGGUGGGAGUGUAAAUUAGUUCAACCAUUGUGGAAGACAGUGUGGCGAUUCCUCAAGGCCUUAGAAAUAGAAAUUCCAUUUGACCCAGCAAUCCCAUUACUGGGUAUAUAUCCAAAAGACUAUAAAUCGUUCUACUAUAAGGACAGAUGUACACGAAUGUUCAUUGCAGCACUGUUUACAAUAGCAAAGACCUGGAAUCAACCCAAAUGCCCAUUGAUGAUAGACUGGAUUGGGAAAAUGUGGCACAUAUACACCAUGGAAUAUUAUACAGCAAUGAGAAAUGAUGAGUUUGUGUCGUUUGUAGGGACAUGGAUGAAUCUGGAGAACAUCAUUCUCAGCAAUCUGACACAAGAACAGAAAAUGAAAUACUGCAUAUUCUCACUCAUAGGCGGGUGAUGAAAAAUGAGAACACAUGGACACAGGGAGGGGAGUACUAAACACUGGGGUCUAUUGGGGGGAAAAGGGGAGGGCCAGUGGGAGGGGGAGCUGGGGGGGGGAUAGCCUGGGGAGAAAUGCCAAAUGUGGGUGAAGGGGAGAAAGGAAGCAAAACACACUGCCAUGUGUGUACCUAUUCAACUGUCUUGCAUGUUCUGCACAUGUACCCCAAAACCUAAAAUGCAAUAAAAAAUUUUUUAAAAAAAGAUGUAUUUUAAUCCAAAGAUCUUUCUGCAUCUAUAAUUUACCACACCAAAGUUCACAUUAUCAUUAAAAGCAGCAUUAUCAUUAAAUUAUAGACACAUUACUUCAUCUCCAGGGCUAAUGGGAGUGGUUUUGGGUAAACCUUUGUAGAAACAAUAGUAUGUUUUUAUAAAUGCAUAUGGGUGUGGAGUGGUUAUCACUUACCUUCUUGUGAAAUUUCUGGAAAGAUGUGUUCUGGAAAACCAGGACACAUUUAUGGUAAGAUGUUAUGGUUAAGGCUCAUUGAAAAACUCUCAUUUAAUGAGUUCCCCAAACCCUGUUCUACCUGCAUCUUAUCAAACUGCCCCUGAAAUUCCUUUGCCUCUGUUAAAUUUUUCUAGACAGUCUGAAUAGGGGCAUGUAAUUUUUUUGAUUUUUCUGUGGUUAAACAAAUAUCUUUUACAACUCUCUUUGUUCUUGAAUAUCAGUAAGAGCUUAUAUUUAUACUGUAUUUUGCUGUUAGAGUUUCUUUUAGUUGCUAUAUAAAAAAUUUAAAGUCUGUUUACUGCCUUAUACCUUCUGGUAUAUUUUUAUAUGAAGUAACACCCUUAAUUCUAGCUUGGCCAACAGGUAGAUGGUAUUAUUAUCCUCAUUGUACAGAUGAGGAAACUGAGGCUCAGAUUGACUGGAUCAAACAGAAGGUAUCUGGAAAACCUAGGACGCAAGCUUAAUCUUUGGACUCAACUUCAUGUUUCUUUUACUACUCUACACUGAAUUACAGUUAUUUACUGAUUUCUAUUAUAAAUUCUUAGAGAAGACAGACAUAGGAAUUAGUAACUUGACUCAGUAGUGGCUUUGUUCAAACACCGGCACGUGCAUAUUUUGUGGCAUAUGUUUAUAUGUAUGUAAUAUUUAUCAUAGAUGUCAGAUUUAUUAUUGAUAGUGCCCUAUUUCUAGAUUUAUAGUUGAAACCUCUAACUGCUUCAGUAGGAAUUGUCUUAAAGUCCUAGAAUAAUAUUAAGAUUUUGAAGACUGCUCAAAACAGUGUUCCAGGCUGGGUAUUACCUUAGUUUUUUCCAUGUAAUGAAUGAGGAGCCAGUGGGACUGGCGUUUGGUUGUAAAGAAGAGGUUGAGUUCACCAGGAGGUGUUUCUUGGUAUUUAUGGGUCCUUUUUUUCACAUGAAUCCCUUGGUUCACUUCUUGUAUUUCAUGUUUAUACAGUUGCAGCUGAAUGGUAAGUACAUAGAAAUAUGCAUUGACUAAUGUCGAAAUGUAUCUAGGAGCGUCAUAUUCAUGCUCCUACUGAUCCCUGUGCCCUGGAUGAAGUGUGAGAUUAAAGAACUUUAUUGCUUACCACAUUUCUUUUUCAUACAGUUAGAGUCAUGUGAGGCAGUCCGUGACUGUUUUAGGAUGUUAUAAUAUAUCCGUAUAGCAUUUCAAUUUGUUUUUAUGUUUGUCCUCACUAUAAGCCUGUCAAGUCUAGUGAGAUGACAUGGUUAUUAAUAUAUUACAAAUGGAGAAAUCUGACUUGGAGGUAGUAUAGCACUGUGGUUAAGAAUAGAAGUUCUUGUAUUUUUAUAUGAAUUAUGUAUUAUGAAUCAGACCAGAAUACCAGCUCUACUGAUUACUAGCUGAGUGAUCUUGCAGCAACUUAAUCUCUCAAAGCCUUGGUUUUCUCCUUGUAAAAUGAAGGACCUUGUAGAUUGUUGGGUAGCUUAACUGAAAUAAUGGGUAGAAUAAAAAGUAUUUAGAACAGUGGAGGCAUAUAGUAGGCAAUCAAUAAAUAUUGAUAGUAUUAUUUUCAGAGAUUAUUACUCAUUUAACUCAACAAAAAUCGAGAGCCCUUUUUAUAUGCUAGUCAGUUUGCAAACCUGACAGGGUGCUUACUCUGAUGGAAUUUACAUUUUAGUGGUAGAAAUGGUAAAUGAGUCAACAAGAAUUUUAUAGAGUGACAAGGACUUUGAGGAAAGUCAAACCGGACAAUGCUUGAGAAGGGUGCAAGUUGGGAAGUCCUAUCACACGAAGUGGCAUUUGAUCUGAGACCUGAGCGACCAUAGCCACAUGAAGACUUCGGGGAAUCACUUUCCAGGAGGAAACAGAAGCACAGUAGCCAAGAGGCAGAAUGACAGGUGGCACAUUUUAUUAGUACAAUGGAGAGGUAGAGGGGCUGGAUUGUGUAGGUUUGUAGCCCAGGGUAAAGAGCUUGGAUUUCUUGUUUAAGUGUGGGAUUUUGAGCAGGGGAGUGAUGUAUCUUAUUUUGGGCAGGUGCUAGGCCAGGUACUGUGGAGGAAAUAAAGGUACAGAAGAAAUAUGUCUUUUUUGCUAGAAUCUUAUGUGUCAUUCAACUGCAGUGUUCCUGCUGGUGUACUCCUAAUCUGAUCAUUGGAUGAUAUUUAUCAUGUAUUCUUGCAGCAGUCAUCUCUGAAGUGGCAUUAUGGUUCUUGUUAUCUAUCAAUGAAUCUGUUUGCUCUAACAGCCUGAAGGGGCAUGAAGGGUGGAGACAGAGUAGAGGGAAAGGGGUGAAGAGGCUGUUUCUGAACACUGGACACAAAAUAGAUUAAGAAGUAGGGGGAGUGGGGAAAAAGCAAAAUCCUGUUGUACACGGAGAGGGACCCUGUUGAAACUGUGGCUUCUUCAGAUUACAUGAGUGAACCUGUGUGGACUGGGUCAUGUCUUCCCUAUUCACCAAGCUGAAUCCAGGCAGUGCCACCCAAGAUACUGCUGCCUUUGCUCUGAGGCUUCAGACUGUUAGUAGCUUUUCUCAUCUCCACUGAGGCCAAAAGGGGCAGUGAUACCCUUGAGUUUUUUCUUAAAAACAGUGUUUCAUUUCCUUGUAAGUUUGUUUCUUUGCAUCAUUCUGUCAGUUUAUUAUCAUCAAUUGGUUAGCAUUCUAAUAAUAAUUAUAACUGUAGCAAACAUCUAUUGAGUGCUUACGAAGAGCCAGUUCCGAGCUGUUUUAUCUCCAUUAUUCUGCUACUCUCUUUCCCAUUUUACCAAUGAGGAAAAUGAGGCACAGAGUGGUCAAUUAAUUUGUUUGAGUUCCUGCAGCAGAUCAGUGAUACUAGGGUUCAAACCCACUCUUAACUCUACACUAGGGACUGUUUUGUUAAUUGUUUCUUCACAAUCAUAUGUUUAAUAAUUACUUAUUGGUUAUUUAGUGGUCUGAUAAGAAGAGGGAGUGGUGCUCGCCCAUUGGAGAAGAAAGACUGGCUGAUCAAGAUACACUGGUCGAUUUGAAGAAAAAAUAUAGAUGUUAAUUUUGUAACACCACACUCUAGUUCCACCUGUGUGCCAUCGAAAUCAAAUGCAUUAAGGAAGGCUAUUCUUUGUGGAGAGAACAAAUAACCUCUGUGUUAAAAAGAGUGUGUUGUUCCUUAUGGAAGACAAAACGGGGCUUGCCAGUGGCAGGUUAUGAUGAUUACCUCAGUGACUUUUUAUUGCACAGACUAUAAUAAUAAUUAUAAAAAUGUGUAAAUCAAUAAAAAUCUUUACCCCCAACAAAUUGUUUUUAUUUUUUCAUAUUUACUUUCAGUUCUUAUAUGUGUAUUAGUUGUACAUAGUUAUAGCGUAUCUACUUAUUUUUCACUUAACAUUGCACUGUAACAGGUUUUAAAGUUAAGCAAUAAGUCUUUUCAGUGAAAAGGAAAAGACUGAAAUAUGAAAAGGUUACGAGGCAUUACUAAUUGAUUGGGAUGAUGCCUACCAGGCAGCCCACGUCAGUUUUGGAGCUGGCCUUGGAAGGAACAGCUGUGUGUUUGGACCUUGGAGCAGUCUGUCAGGCUUCCAAGAAAGUGGGCAAAGAAUGGGUGGGGGUUGGGGGGACAAGUGGAAAAAUACAGUGAUUUGGAGCUGAUGUGAAACUAUCAAGCUGGUUGAGUUCAGUGUUAGAAAAUAGGAAAAACAAAACAAUCUCUAUCUGAUAUUGUACUUCAAUUGAGGUUAGAGCUUUAGUGACUAGGCAAUGUGUUAUAAUUUGUCAGAAUUACCAAUAUUUUGUUCUUGUCAGUGGCCUUAUAUUUAAUAGUUACAUGUUAUAAAACCAGUUUAUCAGUUAAAGAACAAAGUUCUUGACAAAUGCUAUUUUAGUGAUAAAGCUGUUAUUCUGUAUUUAAAUUCAGUUUAACUCAAAGUGGUUUUUAUGUUUUACAUUUGUAUAACUAUAGACUAGCCAUAUGGCAUUCAAAGGCCUCCAAGAUAUAACUCCAGCCACCCUUAGGAUGGAAUCCCAUAUUCAGAAUCUUUUCUGACAGCUCCCCCACGAAAUUGCCUUUUUUCUCUUGGGCCUCUGGAUGUGACAAGGGAAAACUUGAGUGAAAGGCCACAGGACAAAGUAGAGACGUUGUUAAAUCUCAGUGCAGAAGGCCUGAGACAAUUGUUUCUUUUUUCUUCCUCAUAAAAUAAGUAAAAUUUAAACUGAUUUUUUUUUUUUUUUUUUUUUUUUUUGCUUUGACACAUUGUAUUCAAUCUGAUUGAGGUCAUCUUACAUAGCAAAGUCUGAAAUCCCGAGAAAAUAAUUUACACAACUAGAAUUCCAAAAUUGGGUUUUGUCUUAAGUUCAAGCUAUCACAUUUCUUUAAGAAAACCUACACUGGAGUUAUGAACUGGAAUAUUUGGUUAUGAGACACAAUCAUGUCAGAGUAUGUAGUUUCCUUCUUAACACUUAUUUGUAUGCUUUUAAGACCUGCUCCCGCCACACUUUAUCAUAAAACACAGGAGACAAAUGUGAAUACUGCAGCAUGUAUAGUCAUGGGGAAUGUGUUCUAAACUAAAUGCUGCCACAGUGGCAUCAAUACAAUAUUUCUAAGGGAGAAGUUCUUCCUGUUAAACUCAUGUGAAGGCAUUCUUCUCUACUAUAGCAACUUGUUUAUGUAGCUUCUAGAAGACAGCUGAGAUAGUCUUCAGUGAAUCUGUUCACUGACAUGUUGCUAGUUCCUUUGUGUUUACAUGGAAACAGUGUUUAGAAGCAUCUUUCCCCAAGCUGUUCUUUUUUUGAUGGGCUCUACCUUUUUGUGGGAGUAUCAGUUGAAUGAGCACUGUUGUACUCUCAACACUAGACAUCCUGCUGUGUGUGUGUGUGUGUGUGUGGAGCUGCCCUGUGGCUUGGUAGCAUUACCUCUGCAUUACCUGCUUCAGCCUCACCAGCCAGAAGGGCCAUUCACUUCUGCUGCUACUUACCUUUGUUUCCUUUGUACCUUUGUUUCCUGGAGCAUGUACCCUCCCACCACCUGGGCCUUGGACCUGGGUCCAUUGAGCUAUUAUCCAUGCUCCCGUCUGUCCAUCUCUGCUCUGAUAGAAUCUACUAGGAUAAUAAAGUAGCUUUUCCUCACCAGGAUGUUUUUUUAAAUAGACAUACAGCAAUGUAUAAUGGUUAAGAGCAUGAUCCAAACUGUGUCUGAUUUUGAAUCCUGGCUGAGUUACUUACUAGCUAUGUAAUCUUGAGAAAACUACUCAAUCUCUCUGUGCCUUGGUUUUCUUAGAUAUAAAGCAGAUACUAAUUGUGCCCUCAUAGGGUAGGUAUGAGGAUUAAAUGAGUAUUUGUGAAAACACUUAAAACACUGACUGACUUACGGUAAACAUCAUACAAGCAUAAAGUGAACCAAAUACUUUCUUUUUAAUUAUAAAAGUAAUACAUUAACAUUGCAGAAAACUUGGGGAAUUCAGAAAUGUUAUUACUUAGUAAGAGUUGGAAUGAAUAAGUAAGUGUGUAGUGAGGGUGGCAGGCAUGUGUUUCAGGCAGAAAGAACUAAAACUAGAAUCUGGUCUUUGAACCCCUAGCCUGGUUGUCUUAUUCACCAUACUGAUUUGUUUAUUUUUCUAAUUUCUAAAUCACUCCUCUGCUAUUGACAAAGCAAUAAAUUGUUAUAUUUGAUGAAUGAAUCUUCAGAGAACUGGCCUUGAGCCAGCUCUGCUACUAACCAGCUCAGUGGUCCUCUAGAGAAUUACUUAAUAUUUGUAAACCUCAGCUUUCCUACCAGUGAAGUGGAGUUGGUCCUCCCUGUCUUGCAGGGUUGCUGCAAGGAUUUAACAACAUAUGUAUGUGCAAAGCACUUAGUCCUGUGCCUGACCCAUUUGGUGCUUUUAUUUUUCCUCUUCUUUCCUUCUUUUUUCCCUCCCCUCCCUUCCCCUCUUCUUCCCUUUCUUUUCUUUUCUUUCCAACAGGUUCUUGCUUGAAUCUUUCCCAGGCUGAAUUCAAACUCCUGGGCUCAAGUGAUCUUCCUGCCUCAGCCUUCCAAGUAGCUGGGACUACAGGCGUGCACCACUGUGCCUGGCUACAAUGCUCUUGGAUUGUUCUUUUUCUUUAGUUCCUUCCUAGCUCUUCUGACGGUUUUGGAAUAUAUAUAUAUAUCUGAAGGACCUGGUUGCCUCAGGGAGAGAGGAUCCAGCAGAGUUACAUGGCUCACCUCAAAUCCUCCAAAAACCGAAUUAAUAAGUAAGCAAGGUGAGCAUGUUGCUUCUACUUCACCCGUACUUAACACAAAGUCUAGAAGAUUUAUGGUGUCUAUCAGGUUCACAUACUGUAACCUUCUGAGAUACUUUUCCCUCUCCAUUCCCUUUCCUUCUCUAUGCUGGCUUUUUUUUUUUUAACUGUGAAAUACAACCUAUAUACAGAAUAGUAUGAAAGCAUACUGGUAUAGUUUGAAGAAUAAUUUUUAACAGUUUUAUUAAGAAACAGGAUGUUCCAUCCAUGUUACUGAAAAAUACAUGAUCUUGUUCUUUUUUUCUUAAUUUUUUUUUCUUUCUUUAUUUUGGCCCUUUUCCAGAUCUAGAUCUGCAGAGAUCUUGUUCUUUUUUAUGGCUGCAUAGUAUUCCGUGGUGUAUGUGUACCACAUUUUCUUUAUGCGUUCUAUCAUUGAUGGGCAUCUAGGUUGAUUCCAUGUCUGCUAUUGUGAACAGUGCUGCUGUGAACAUUCGCAUGCAUGUGUUUUUGUGGUAGAAUGCUUUAUAUUCCUCUGGGUAUAUAUCCAGUAAUGGGAUUGCUGGGUUGAAUGGUAGUUCUGCUUUAAGCUCUUUGAGGACUUUCCAUACUGCUUUCCACAAUGGUUGAACUAACUUAUACUCUUACAGUGUAUAAGCAUUCUUUUUCUCUACAAGCUUGCCAGCAUCUGUUAUUUUUGACUUAUAAGUGGGAGCUAAAUGAUAAGAACUUAGGAAUGCAAAGAAGGAAACAGACACUGGGUUCUUCUUGAGUGAGGAGAGUGGGAAGAGGGAGAGGAGCAAAAAAAAAAAUAACUCUCGGUUACAAGGCUUAAUACUUGGGCAAUGUAAUAUGUACCACAAACCCCAGUGACACAUGUUUAUCUGUGUAACGAACGUUCACAUGUACCCCUAAACCUAAAUUUUUUUUUAAAAGAAACAGAACACCAGCCAGGCACAGAGGCUAAUUGCCUCUAAUCCCAGCACUUUGGCAGGGCGAGGUGGGCAGAUCACUUGAGCCUGGAGUUUGGGGCAAGCCUGGGCAACAUAGCAGAACCACAGCUCUUCACAAAGUACAAAAAUUAGCUGGGCAUGGUGGUAUGCACCUGUAGUCCCAGCCCCUUGGAAGACUGAGCUGGAAGGAUGCCUUAAGACCAGGAGGUCGAGGCUGCAUUGAGCUGUGAUCAUGUCACUGCACUCUAGCCUGGGAGACACAGCAAGACCCUGUCUCAAGAAAAAAGAAAAAAAGAAAGAAAGAAAAGAAACAGAAUGUUGCCAACCCAACCCACUUCUUCACACACCCUCCCCACCCCACCACUCUAAUGAAGUCAUCACCAAUGGACUUCUAAAGUACUCACAUAUCCUAUGUCUAAUGGAGGUAUGAUAGUAGAGACUAAGGUAUGCCAGUGGAGACUUAUAUAUCUUAUGUCUAAAUUAUUUAAAGUUAUUAAAUUUAAAAACCAUUAAAACAUACUUUCUACCCUGACAAAUAAACCUUUAUAACAAAAUUAGAAAAUAUUUAAUGUUAUAGCAUUAAAUAAUUUAAAGCAAAAUAUCAAAGAUGACAGAAUUUAUUUAAUUAUUUUAUUUUAUUUUAUUUGAGACAGGGUCUUGCUCUGUCACCCAGACUGGAGAACAGAGAUGCAAUCACAGCUCACUGCCACCUCAAACUCCUGGGGUCCAGUGAUCCUCCCACCUCAGCCUCCCAAGUAGUUGGUACUACAGACAUGUAGCCACCAAAUCCAGCUAAUUAAAAACAAUUUUAAAACAAAGAUAAGGGUCUUGCUAUGUUGUCUAGGCUGAUCUUGAACUCCAGGGGCUCAAGAGAUCCUUUUGUCUUGUCCUCCCAAAGUGCUGGGAUUUAAGGUGGGAGCCACUGCACCCACCUAACAGAAUUCAAUUAUUUAAUAUUUCACAUGUUUUAGUAUUCUUUUGAUAGGGUUGUGAUGUUUGGGUGAAUAGUAAAGUAAAUCAAAGACACGUAUUAAAAAUUUUUAUGUAAUUAUUCUACAAAAUUAGUUAUUUACCUUUAUUUUAGCAAAAUCAGUAUAUUACCAUAAUCAAGAUAUUUUGGUGUUCUAGUAACAAGAUCUAAUCACAGUAAUGAUGUAAGGAUUAAAAAAUAAAAUAUUCCUGUCUCUGCUAAAAAUAGAAAAAUUAACUGGGCGUGGUGGCGUGCGUCUGUAGUCCCAGCUAUUUGGGAGGCUGAGGCAGGAGAAUUGCCUGAACUUGGGAGGUGGAGGUUGCAGUGAGCUGAAAUUGUGCCACAGCACUCCAGCCUGGUGCCUGGCGACAGAGUAAGACUCUGUCUCAAAAAAAAAAAAAAAAAAAAACAACCCUACAAUACCAUUUAUAUGAGCAUCCCUCAAAAUAAGGUAUACAUCUAGCAAAAUAUGCAUAACAUAUAUAUAAGUAAAACUAUAAAACUCUGAUGAAAGAAAUAAAAGAACCAAAUAAAUGGACAGAUAUUCCAUGUUCAUGAAUAGGAUAGGAAGACUCGAUAUUGUCAAGAUGUAAGUUCUUGGGAUUCAGUAGCCUCCCAAUCAAAAUCCCAGCAAGUUAUUUUGUGGAUAUUGACAAACUGAUUCUAAAGAUUGUGUGGAGAGGCAAAGGACCUGGAAUGGGUGACAUGAUGUUGAAGAAGAAUAAAGUUAAAGUUUCUACUUAUUCUACUUAUUCUUCAAAAUGAUUUUCUUGAAUAUGAAGGCAACUCAUCUUCCUCAAUAUGUAGUCAACUGUAGACUGACAGUGUCCUACUUCAAGACUUGCUGUAAAGCUAAAGUAAUCAGGACAGUGUGGUAUUGGUGAAAGAACACACAAAUAGAUUAAUAGAGCAGAAUAGAGAGCCCAGAAAUAGACCCAGACAAAUACAGUUAACUAAUCUUUGACAACGGAGCAAAGGCAAUAGAAUGGAGCAAAUAUCUUUUCAACAAAUGGUGUUGGAAUAACUGGACAUCCACAUGCAGAAAGAAAAUGAAUCUAGACACAGACCUUAUACUUUUCACAAAAAUGAACACAAAAUAGAUCAUCAACCUAAAUAUGAAAGAAAAAAGUGUAAAAAUUUCUGCUCUAUGAAACAUAGUGCUAAGAGAAUGAGAAGAUAAGCCACAGACUGGGAAAAUACAUGCAAAAGACACAUCUGACAAAGGAUUCUUAUCUGAAAUAUACAAGAACUCUUAAAACUGAACAAUAAAAAAAGAAAUCUGAUAUUAACAUAUGCCAAAUACCCUAACAGGGAUCUUAUCAAAGAAGAUAUACAGAUGGCAAAUAAGCAUAUGCAAUUAUGUGCCACAUCAUAUGUCAUUAGAAAAACGCAAAUAAAAAUGAUGAUAUUCUACUACACACUUAUUAGAAUGGCCAAAAUCCAGAACACUGACAACACUAAGUGCUGGUGAGGAUGUGGGGCAACAAGAACUCUCAUUCAUUGCUGGUGGGAAUGCAAAAUGGUAUAGCCACUUUGGAAGACAGUUUGGCAGUUUCUUACAAAAUGAAACACAUUCAUCAUAUGAUCCAACAAUUGCAUUCCUUGGUAUUUACCCAAAGGAGUUGAAAAUUUAUGUUCACACAGAAACCUGCACGUGGAUGCUUAUAGCAGCUUUAUUCAUAACCACCAAAACUUUGAAGCAACCAAGAUGUCCUUCAAUAGAUAAAUGAAUAAAUAAACUGUAGUAUAUCCAGAAAUGGAGUACUACUCAGUGCUAAAAAGGAAUGAGGAAUCAGGCUAUGAAAAGAUAUGGAGGAACCUUUAUAUUUAUAUUUUUAUUUUUUUAGAGACAGGGUCUUAAUCUGUCAUCCAGGUUGGAAUGCAAUUGCACAAUCAUGGCUUACUGUUGCCUUGACCUCCUGGGCUUGAGCCAUCUUCCUUCCUCAGCCUCCCAAGUAGCUGGGACUACAGGAGCAUGUCAUCACACCUGGAUAAUUUUUUUUUGAGUGAUUGGGUCUUGCAAUGUUGCCUAGGCUGGUCUUGAACUCCUGGGCUCAAGUGAUCCUCCUACCUUGGCCUUCUGAAGUGCUGGGAUUACAAGUGUGAGCCACUAUGCCUGGCUUUUAAAAAUAUAUAUAUUUAUUUUUCUUUUAGAGACAAGGCCUUACUCUGUUGCCCAGGCUGGAGUGUAAUGAUGCAAUCAUAGCUCACUGCAGCUUCAAGAUCCUGGGCUCAAGUGGGAGAGCAGCUAAUGUAUUUUUUUUAAUUUUUGUAGAAACGGGGUCUUGCUAUAUUGCCCAUGCUGUGGAGCAAUACUAAAUGCAUAUUUCUAAGUGAAGAAGCCAGUCUGAAAGGUUAUAUACCAUGUGAUUUCAACUAUAAGAUGUUCUGGAAAUGGCAAAACUAUGGCAAAAAUAAAAAGAUGAAUUAUCAGGGAGUUGGUCAGGAGAGAAUGAAUAGGUGGAGUACAGAAGAUUUUUAGGGCAGUGAAAUGACUGACACAGUAAUGGAAGACACGUUAUUAUAUAUUUGUCUAAAUCGAUAGACUGUAUAAUGCUAAGAGUGAACCUUAAUAUAAACUAUGGAUUUUGGGGCUGGGUAUGGUGACUCACGCCUGUAAUCACAACACUUUGGGAGGUCAAGAUAGGAGGAUCACUUGAGGCCAGGAGUUCAAAACCAGCCUGGUCAGCAUUGUGAGGCCCUAUCACUACAAAAAUAAAUAAAUAAACCAUUGACUUUGGAUUAUAAUGAUGUGCCAAUGUAGGUUCAUCAUUAAUAACUAAUGUACGACUCUGGUGGGGGAUGUUUAUACUAGAGGAGGCAAUGCAUGCAUGUGGGCAGCAGGUAUAUGGGAAAUCUGUUUACCUUCCUCUAAAUUUUGCUGUGAAUCCAAAACUCCUCUUUAAAAAAUAGAAUUAUAUAUAUAUAUAUACUUAAAAUAUAUAUAUAUAUUUUAAAAUUAUAUUUGAGGUAAAAUAUUUGAAUGAUUUUUACCAAAGAUGUAAAUUAAAACAAAUGUAAAAAUGAAAACAAAACAAAUGCUGUGUGAUUCUAUUUGUAUAAAUGUCUAGAAAAUGCAAACUAACUUAUAAUGGCAAACUGCUCUGUAGAUCAGCAGUUACCUGGGGAGGGGCAGCGGGGAGGAAUUGCAGUGAUGUAUAAUAAAACUUUUGUAGUAAUAUAUUCAUCCUCUGGCUGGGCGCGGUGGCUCACGCCUGUAGUCCCAGCAUUUUGGGAGACCAAAGGUGGGCGGAGGACAAGGUCAAGAGAUCGAGACCAUCCUGGCCAAUGUGGUGAAACCCCAUCUCUACUAAAAAUACAAAAAUUAGCUGGAUGUGGUGGCACACGCCUGGAGUCCCAGCUACUCAGGAGGCUGAGCAAGAGAAUUCCUUGAACCCGGGAGGUGGAGGUUGCAGUGAGCCGAGAUUGUGCCACUGCACUCCAGCCUGGCACCUGGUGACAGAGCGAGCCUCUGUCUCAAAUAAAUAAAUAAUAAAUUCAUUAUCUUGAUUGUAGUGAUAUUGGCACAGGUACAUUCAUAUGUCAAGAUUUCUCAUUGAAAACUUUAUGUACAGUUUAUUGUAUAACAAUUCUGUAAGGCUGUAAAAGUCACAAAAAUUUGUUUGUUUUAAAAACAUUGUUUCUUUUUUUCCUGAGACAGGGUCUCCCUCUAUCACCUAGACUGGAGUGCUGAUUGCAGCUCGACCUCCUUAGGCUCAAGUGAUCCUCCAGCCUCAACUUCCUAAGUAGUUGGUACCAUAAGUGCAUGCCACCACACCCAGCUGAUUUUUAAAUUAUUUUUAUAGAAAUAGGGUCUUGCCAUGGUACCCAGGCUGAUCUUGAACUCCUGAGCUCAAGCAGUCCUCCCAUCUUGGCUUCCCAAAGUGCUGGGAUUACAGGUGUGAGCCACUGUCCCUGGCCAUCUUAAUAAUGUUGAAUAUUUAAAAGAAAAGUAAGGGCCAAGUGCUGUGGCUCACACCUGUAAUCCCAGCGUGAGACAAGCCUGGGCAACAUGGCAAGACCCCAUCUCUACAAAAAACUUAAAAAUUAGCUGGGCAUGGUGGUGGCCUGUAGUCCUCAAGAGGCUACAGCUGGAAGAUCGCUUGAGCUCAGCAGGUUGAGGCUGGAAUAAGCCAUGUUUGCAUCACUGCAUUCCAGCUUAGGUGAGAGAGCAAGACCAUGUCUCAAAAUAAAUAGAUAGAUAAUAGAUGUGUUUUAAAAAGAAUAUUUAUUAAGUAAAAAAGCAAGCCAAGACAAUUUAGUGGGGAAAGGAUAGUUUUUCCAACAGAUGGUGCUGGAACAACUGCGUAGCCACAUGAAAAAGAAUGAAGUUAGAUCCCCUACCUCAUACCAUAUAAAAAAAUUAACUCAAAAUGGAUUAAAGACCUAAGUAUAAGCUGAGGCAGGAAGAUCACUUGAGGCCUGGAGUUCAAGAUCAGCCUGGGUAACAUAUGGAGACCUCCGUCUCUUAAAAAAAAAAAAAAAAAGAUACAGUACCUGUAUUCCCCAAGCCUGAGGCCAGAGAAUCACUUGAGCCCAGGAGUUAGAGGCUGCAGUGAGCCAUGACUGCACCACUGUACUCCAGUCUGGGUGACAGAGUGAGAACUUGUCUCUGCCACCCCUCCUUCACAAACUGUAAAGAUGUAAAUGUUUGUGGCCUUGGAUUAGGCAAUGGUUUCUUAGAUACAACAUUAAAAGUACAAACAACGGCAAAAUAGAUAAAUUGGACUUCAUCAAAAUUAAAACCUCUGUGCUUCAAAGGGCAACCAAGAAAGUGAGAAGAGAAUCCACACAAUGGGAGAUAUUUUUUUGCAAAUCAUGUAUUUUACAGGACUGGUGUCCAGAAUAUAUAAAGAACUUUUGCAACUCAACAAUAAAAAGACAAGUAACACAAUUUUAAAGUGUGCAAAGGAUUUGAGUAGACAUUUCUUCAAAGAAGAUAUAUAAAUGGUCAAUGAGCAUAUGAAAAUGUGCUCAACUUCAUUAGUCAUUAGAGAAAUACAAAUAGAAGUCAUGAGAUACUGUUUCACACCCACUAGGAUGGCUAAAAUAAAAAAAGAUAAACAAUAACAAAUGUUGGUGAGGAUGUGGAGAAAUCAGAACCCUCAUACACUUUGGAUGGGAAUGUAAAAUGGUGCAGACACUUUGGAAAAUUGGCUGUUCCUCUAAGAUUGACCAUAUGACACAGCAAUUCUACUCUUAGGUGUAUACCCAAGAGAAUUGAAAAGAUAUAUGUGCAGAAAAACUUGUACACAGAUGGUCUAGUAGUAUUCCAAUCCACAUGCCCAUCAGUGGAUGAAUGGAUAAGCAAAAUGUGGUAUAUCAAUAAAUGAAAUAUUAUUCAGCCACAAAAAGCAAUGAAGUACUGAUACACGAUCCAAUAUGGAUGGACCUUGAGAACAUUAUACUAAAUGAAAGAAACCAGACACAAAAGGCCACAUAGUACAAAAGUACCUUUGUAUAAAAUGGCCAGAAUUAGCAAUUCCAUAAAGACAGAAAGUAGAUUGGUAGUUGCCAAGAGCUGAAGGGAAGGAAGAAUGGGAGUGACUGCUAAUGGGUACAGGGUUUCUUUUUGGGGUAAGAAAAGUAUUCUGGAAUUACAUAAUGGUGAUAGGUGUAUAACUUUGUGAAUAUACUAAGACACGCUGAAUUGUAUAUUUUAGAAAGUUGAAUUUUAUGGUAUGUAAAUUAUAUCUCAUUAAAAUAGUUACAUGAGAAAAAACAUCAAAGGCAAAAUACAGAGUAUAAUUCAAGAAUUUUAAUUUUUAAAUAUAAAGUAUUUAUAACCAAAUUUGAUUUAUUUUAAAAAUGUAAUAGUCUUAUUAAAUAGUUUCAUUAAAUCAAAGCUGUUCUAGCACUCGGUGUUUAUUAAUUUGUAAUACAUAAACAAUAUCAUGUUUUAAGAAUAAUGUGGUCAAUAAUGUAAAAUGUUUUUCUUCAUGUACGGUGGCUGUGAGUACCAUGGUAAUUAAUAUAACUAGAAACAGGAAGAAAAGCAAGAAAAUGAACACUCAGCAAUACUUGGAAGUAAAACCUCAUUAUGUAAGAAUUCAUUGCAUUCAUGCUCUCUCAGGGGGAAGAUUUGAUAAAUUAAUAUUUUACUUACCUAAGAGCUUCUGCUGCUCAAAUCCUCUAUACACACUAACGCGGUGUCAGUCUCUCAGUUUGGCAGUGGCACAGGCACAACUUUACGGCAGUUAGAUGAAUUCCCUUUUUGUUUUGUGGACAUAGAACAACAGAUGUGAAGAUGUACUUCUCUGGGGCCAGCACAAAUGCAACCGCUUAGGUUUGUGAGUCUCAUUAUGUCAGUGCUGAGUGUCCCUGCAUUCUUUGAUUUGUUUGAGAGUGCGUAUUUGUGAUUGGCAGGGGAUUCCCUUAUGUGACUCUAAAAGAGUGUUGCCGAUCACAUCACUCCAUGCUUAGGCCUUAAUGAUCGUCAGUCUGCCUUCCCACUGCUAUACUUUAAAUAGGUGCCUGUUAUUUAAAUUUCAUUUUGAGAUUAAACAGAAUGGCAGAGACAAUUUUGAGACAAAUCUUUCUUUCAUGCUAUGGUAGGAAGAUCAAGAUUUCUAGGACACAGUAGAAUGGAGUAAAAGAUGAAUGUUCUUGGUAUCCCAUUUUUCUUCUAAGCUGUUUUUUCUCUCUCAUUAUUCAUUAUCUAUCUCAAUUUGUCCUGGUGAACUCUUUUACAUAAAAGAGGAUCCAGGUCCCACAUCCACUGUCAAGGAGGGAUGUAAGUGAGAGGAUUGGCUUGCAACUCAGCCUGUGUAUACAGCUUAUGGUUUAUCUUGGCACAUUCGAUGUCCUUAUCUCUUAACUUCUUGCUAUUCAAUAGUAAGUAACUCCCUGGCAGAAUUACUUGUGGCUAGAGAAUGCUGUUAUUAGAGCAUUUUUGUUUAAUUGGUACUAAGAACAGAAGGUGUCACCUAUUUGACUGGCCAACAAUUAUAAGCAAGGAGGCAUUUGAUUCAUCAAGAUAGAAAUCUGCCUGUUAGGUGGAAACUUGUCUGUGUGGGUUGAUAUGUUUUUAGAAUAUUAAGGCUUGUUUGUGCAUGACAGCUUUAGGAAAGGGUACUCCGAAUGUCUCCAAAGUUUUGCUGUAACUCUUUACAGAAGUUGGGCUGUUCCUGGUGGACAGUAUAUAACAAUUAACAACCCUUGAUCCAGAUUGGGUUCCCUUCCUCCAUUCUGUAUCUGUGUGGUUUUGGGCAAGUUGUUUAACAAACCACUUUUUGCCUCAGUUUCUUCAUCGGAACAAGGAGAAUAAGAACACUUCAAUCAGGCUGGGCAUGGUGGCUCACUCCUGUCAUCCCAGCCUUUGGGAAGCCAAGGUGGAUGGAUCACCUGAGGUCAGGAGUUUGAGACCAGCCUAGCCAAUGCGGUGAAACCCUGUCUCUACUAAAAAUACAAAAAUUAGCUGGGUGUGGUGGUGGGCACCUGUAGUCCCAGCUACUUGGGAGGCUGAGGCAGGAGAAUUGCUUGAACCCAGGAGGCGGAGGUUGCAGUCAACGAAGGUUGCAGUGAGCCAAGAUUGCACCAGUGAACUUCAGCCUGGGCAACAGAGCGAGACUCUGUCUCAAACAAAACAAAACACAUACACAAAACAAACAAACAAAAAACAAUACCUCAAUCAGAAUUGUUGUGACGAUUAAAUGAUGUCAAAUAGGAGUAAUGCAUAUAAAGCACUUAAACAGUGCCUGGCACAUAUUAAGUACUUAAUGAAGUUACUUAGCAUAAAAUGAAGGAAAAUGUAUACAAAUGUUGUAUGUUGGGCUACAGAGGGGAUGACAAUUUGAGAUAAACUGGAAAUUUUACCUUGGAGUUUAUCCUAGACCUACCUAAAUUACUUGUACUCAGAUAAACCUCUUUAAAUGAGAAUAAACAGUUCUUUCUUCCCUCUUGAACAGGAGGAGUAUAUACUGGCUGUCUAGAAUGACUUCUUUUACUCUUUGUUACUCUGAGCUUUCAAAGGUGUUUCUUUUGGCUUUUUAAAACAACAUAUGCUGUUCUUAAGUGUUAAAUAACAAGAUUAAGUGUUAUAAUUUCAAAUCACUUUAAAAUUUUUCAAAAUUUUGCAAAGCAGUUGUUUUUUUUUUUUUUUUUUAAAUAAUUGUUUUCCUUUACUUAUGCUGGCCUGUUAUUGAUUGUCCUUGGUAGAACUGAUACUGCUUGACAAAGCAGCCUAUUAAGUCAGGACCCUUCUCUAGUUUCCUCUGUAGCUAUUGCCAUAGCCUUCACACUACAGAUACUCUCAUUGAUAAAUGAAAGAUGUCUUUUUGCUUUCAAGCAUUCUGGCAAGUUAGUAACUCAACUAUAAUUCUAGGUCUGACAAAGCCAGUUAUGAACAUAAGUCAUUUUUAUCUUCUCCCUGGUCCCCCCACCACCCACCCAAAUCAGGAGAAACUAUGUUCUGAAUUGGUUUAAAGAACCUGCUCUUUCUUUGAUACCUGAUCUACAGAUCCAAUCUAUUCCCAGGGAUUUUGAUGAAAAUUCUCAAAUCCUCAGCAAGGCUAUGGCACUGUCAUGACUCUCCUGUUCCCGGUAGUAUCAUUCUCAGUGUAGGCUAUUUGCUAGGUAGUUUUGUGAAGUCUUUUCAUCAUAAUGGAUCAUAUGAUUUUUAAAAGCAGGAACUUGGUCAUAUGCCCAGAUUAAUUUCAACAAAGUUGGUAUGUUUUCUUCCUAAAAUUAAUUUUUUAUGAUUAUCAAAGUUUUAUAUGCAUGCAGUAUAUAAUAUCAGAUUUCUAUAAGGCUUAUAAUAAAGAGUAGUAUUCCUUUGCCCUACUCCCCUCUCAUACUGAGCACCUUACUGCAAAAUCAACUGCAUUCAACUCUUUUAGCUAUUUCUUAUGGUUAUCUUCAUAUUUCAAAACAGCAUGCUUAUAUGGCUCUAUUUUGAAUUUUCAAACUUAGAUUUUUAUCUACAGACUUCCUUAUGGAAGAUGAAUAUUUAGCUCUAUUUGUACUACUUUUCUCAUCUCUUAAUGUAGGCUAUGUUAAGAUUUUCAGUUAAAUCAAUUAAAAGGCAGUAUAGUAUAGUGGCUUAAGAGUGUGGGUGCUGACCUCAAAUUCCAGCCUCACCACCACUACUUUGGAUGACUUUGAGCAAACUUUAAAACCUUAGUACCUCAGUUCUGUCAACUGAGUAGGUACCUCAUAGAAUUGCUGUGGAUAUUAAGUGACUUAAUCCUAUGGGCUGAAUUUGUCUCCCAGAUUUCAUUUGUUGGAAACUUAAUCCCCAAUGCAAGUAUUGAGAAGUGGGACCUUUCAGAGGUGAAUAGGUUAUGAGGACUCUGCUUUUAUGAAUGGAUUAAUGCCAUUGUUGCAGUAGUGGGUUCCUUAUAAAAGGAAGAGUUUAAUCCCAGCACUUUGGGAGGCCGAGGCGGACAGAUCACAAGGUCAAGAGAUCGAGACCAUCCUGGCCAACAUGGUGAAACCCCGUCUCUACUAAAAAUACAAAAAUAUUAGCUGGGUGUGGUGGUGUGCGCCUGUAGUCCCAGCUACUGAGGAGGCUGAGGCAGGAGAAUUGCUUGAAACCGGGCGGGGGAGGUUGCAGUGAGCCGAGAUUGUGCCACCGCACUCCAGCCUGGCGCCUGGUGACAAAGCAAGACUCUAUCUCCAAAAAAAUUUUAAAAAGGAAGAGUUUGACUCCCUUUCCUUGCCACCUCAUGAAUGUGAUGGCCUUAGCCAUGUAAUGCAGUAGGAAGGCCCUUAACAGAUGCUGUCUUCUUGAUCUUGGACUUCUGAACCUCCAGAGCUAUAAGAAAUAAAAGUUUUUUCUUUAUAAAUUACCCAGUCUCUGGUAUUCUGUUAUGGCAGCGAAAAGCAGGCUAAGACAAUAUAUAUGAAGCAGCUUUACUAUCUGGCACAUCGUACAUUUUAAAUUCCAGAUUUCAGUAUCACCAGUAUCAUCAUCAUCAUCAUCAUCAUCAUCAUCAUCAUCUGUGGCUGACUUCCCUGUGCAUUUAAAAGAUGAGGGCUGAUAUAGCAGUUAUUAAUACAAAUGAGCCAGUUGGCUGUAAACCUCUCCUAUAGGCUUUGCCAUAAACUUAUGUCUUGGAUAAUCAGAGAAUUUGGGCCUCCUAAUGACAGGCCACUGCUAAAGACAAGAAAAGUCCAAAGGGAGCUGACUGAGCAUGCUCAGUUCUUUUACCAAAGGCAUCAGUCAGACAGAUUCUCUUUCCCAAGAGUAGACACUGAGCGGGUGGAAACAGGCUCUGCGUUGACUCCACUGGGAAGUCCCUGAAUGGAUAGCAGCCAGGGAAUUGAGUUUCCCUGUGGCAAGUCUCUACUUGCACAAUAUUAGGACAGCUGUUUAUUAAUUUGUUCUGUGGGUGGAUAUUUUUGAUCUCCACAACAUAACUACUUACUCACUGUUGCUUUUUGAAAUUUAUAACAUCUAAAUGUGCAAAUGUAGGGUAUGCUCUCAGGAAAAUUAUAUAUCUGUUACAUUUCUUUACUCCUUUCAGGCCACUUCCAUCCAUCAGGUGACCUCUAGUAGCAUACAUACUCAGCAACAAUUAAAGGUAGUUUCUGGCUUGUUUUUCCCAAACAAUAAUUUGUUCAAAAUACAGAACUUUGGAAAGUACCCCAUGAUGAGAAAGUUUUGAAAGAGGAUUUAAUGUAAAGUAACUAUUUUUUCCUCUGAUGAAUAAUUUUGGGAAAAUAAAUUUGCCUUAUAUUCAGGCAAAUUAAGUUGCUUUCAUUUUCAAACAAAUUCAUCACCUUUUCCUUUCCCCAUUCCCCAAACCUGUUCAGUUUCUUCAUGCUUAAACUCGGCAUCUGUCUUCCCCUCCCUUUACUACCUAGCUAAAUCUCUUAAGAGCCAAUCUAUUGCCACUCCCUUCAUCUUUGUUCAUCUAAUGGAUUGAUCAUAAAUUCUGUUGAUUCCAUUACUCACGUCUCUCAAAUCUGUCUCCUUGGAUACCUUGCCACUUCUGAUUUCAGACAAUUGUCAUUUGUCACUUGCAGCAGCCUUCCAGCGGCCUUCCUCCCAGUCUCCCCAUGAGCACUCUAUUCUUCAAACUGUUGCCAGAGAGGAGUUUCUAAAAUCCCAUUUAAUCAUGUAAUUCCCAGGUUUUAAAAAUCGCUGUUGGCUCUCUAACAUUUAAUUAAUAAAGUCUGUGUUUCUUGCGAUGACUAACUUGGUUUUGCUGUGAUUCUGGCUGCAUCCUUAGGGAAUCACUUGCAGAUAUUAAUUUUGCUUGUGAUGUUCCCUUUACAUGGAAUGUUCCUGCCUCUCUCCCCCAUCCCUUGCCUGAUGAAAGCCUAUUCAUUCUUCAUUUCACUUUGGGUGUUACCCUGAGGAAAGAGUGGUUACCUUUUCAUUGCCCGUCUGGGCUGGAUACCCCUCCUAAGUUGUCCCACAACACACAGUACACACCUUGGUCAGUUAUCACACUGUUCAUUGUUCUGCCCCUGCUGUUUGUAUUUCUCAAAUAUGAGUUUCUUGAGAUUAGGGACUUAGGGACUUGAGAUCUCCAGUGCCCAGCAGAGCAGGACCUGUUUCCACUCCCUCAGUGACUACUCCUGGGGGAGAGAACCUACAAAUAAAUGUGUACUGCAUGAAUAAAGCUAUAUAUCCUCUUCCUGUUCAUAGUUAUCCAUUUAAUUUCUGAACUCUAAAUGCUAUAUUUUUCUUCAUUAAAUUUGGUUUUAUUGGUUUCAGCUUCCUCUUUAUAUGGAUUUUGAGUCCUAAUUUUGUCAAUCAGCAUAUCAACAGUUGUUUCUAGCUUUUUGUCACCUGGUAGAAUGGCAGCUCUGUGAAGACAGGGAUUUGUGUCUGUUUUGUUCACCACUGUCUUUUCAGCAUCUAGAAUAGUGCUGGCACAUAUAUUAUAGAUACUCAAUAAGUAUUUGUUGAAUGAAUGAAGGCAUCACAUACAAAUUUGAUAAAUAAAACUUAGAUUUUCUUUCAAAUAUUAAUCCUUAGCUCCACUCUGUUCAAUAGUUUUAUUAGAGAUAACCAUAAAAUACCUUCUUUGUCACAUAAGAGUUCUGUGAAUCUUACAGAACAAGGCUAUACAGAGAAACUCAAGGAACGUCUUAAUGAAUCAGUUAUUUCAUUGUGAGAGAGUAUAGAAAUGGUUGAUAGUAUGCUGUAAGUAGUUUUAUUUUAUGUGUAAGUACUCUUCUCUGGUUUCCCAGAACAUGCUGCUGGAGUAAGAGAGGAAUGCCUUAUUGAGGAUAGAGGGGAUAGAUUUGGAUACAGCUUUCUUUGAGAAAUGUAGAGAGGUCAACUAUUACAUAUCCAGCUGUAACUUCUCUUUCAAAGACUGAAUGUUCUCAUUCAAUCAUUUGAUACUUUUUAUGUAUUUACUACAAUGUGAAGAAUAGAAGAGGGAAAUGCACAUAUAAGGCAUGCUGGCAACAUUUAAGAAACUCAGAUUUGGGGAGACAAGGUGUGUGUGUGUAUAUGUGCAUGUGUGUGCAUUUAAAAAGAAUGCACAGGGUAAAGAACCUUGGGUUAGUGACAGUGAGUGGCACUGGUGGUAAGUAAGUGCCAGAGAAGCUCAAGGGAGAGAGAGUGCUGAGAACCAAUAGGGUGGAACAUUUUUAUAAGAGCUGGGUUCUGAUAUAUUCCUCCAUAGAAAGGCAUUUUAAAUAACUUUUUUUCUGUCCUUAUUCUGUUAAGCAUUAUUUAAUUGUUCUCCCAUCUUUAGAAAUUUCCCUAGCUUAGGUGCACUGAUAAGAAAUUAUAAAAGCAGCAUGGCCAGGCAUAGUGGCUCAUGCCUGUAAUCCCAGCACUUUGGGAGGCCAAGGUGGAGGAUUGCUUGAGCUCAGGAGUUUGAUACCAGCCUGGGCAACAUGGUGAAACCCUGCAUCUACAAAAAAUACAAAACUUCUGGGAGCAGUGGCAUGUGCCUCUAACCCCAGCUACCCAGGAAGCUAAGGAGGGAGGUUGGCUUGAGCCUAGGAGGUGGAGGUUGCAGUAACCUGAGAUUGCACCACUACCCUCCAGCCUGGGCAACAGAGCAAUAAAUAAAUAAAUACAAACAAUAAAAGCAGUGUGUUUGCUUAUAAGGAGUGAUAGAAUAGACAGAGCAGGUCUUUGCGCUAGUCAGAUAAGGCUUGGGGUAUAAAUCUAGAAGCUUCCAUUUAAAUAGUAGGGAGCCCUUAGGUAAAUCACUUAACCUCUGAGCUUUGCCUGUUUCACCUGCGGUUGCUUUAAAGAUGGAAUGAAACUGUAUAUCUAAAGUGCCCCUACACAUUAUCUGCCAUGUGGCAGGUUUUCAAGAAAUGUUAGUUUUUCUUUCUCCUGACAAAGAUAAGAUGCUUGCUUUAAAUAUAUUUUUAGGCUUCCUGAUCAUUAAUGGUUAUGAUUUUAAAUUUUGGUCCAGCCACCACCCAUAUGGUUCCUGCAGUUAACAAAAGAAGCAAAGGUUCACCACCGGGUGAAAGGAGGUGUACAGAAAUGGGUGUAGAGAACAUAGAUGUUUGAAGGGGAUCUAAUUAGGAAAGUAUUUUUCCUGAUGGUCCAGAAUUUAAAAUUACAUCAUAGAAUCUUAUGAGAAAAUGAUAAUGUUCAGGUUAAGAACAGUUUAUUAUUUCCUCUCUAUUUUGGAGAAUAUUUUUCAAUAUCUUAUAUAAGAACCUAGUAAAAAAUUUUCUUCUUAACUGGUUUCCCACUAUAGGCCAUUAAUCCUGCUAUUAUUUCAAAGAUUAAACAACUAUAGUAAUAAUAGGAUUAUAUGUGCAUUAAUUUAUAUUACUUCAUUCCGCAAAGGAUUUGAGGUAGUUUUUAGAAGCAUAAACCAAUAGACAAAUAAAAUGGUAGGAUAGGAGUAGAAAGUAAAUUUCAGUAACCAUGGAAAAUAUAACAUAGUAUGUGUUGUUAAGACUGGAGGAAUAUAAACACAUAACCAAUCAGGGCCUAUAUAGUUGUUAUAAUGCAAUAGCAAAUUUGACUCUAAGCUUCUAGCAAGCAACAUGAAAAGGGAAGCAUGAUGGAUGUGGUUAAAUAAGACACAAUUUACAUGUUCCUUUACUCAAGGAGGCAAGUGUUUUUUGCCCCUUUGUUUCUUAUAGGAAGCACUGAAUAAUGAACUAAUGAUGGCAUUGGCCAUAUAGUGAAUGUAAUAAUGGAUUUUAUCAGGCAGUUUCUCUAAGCAUCUCUUGAUGAAAGAUGAGGCUGUGACAUCAAGAGACAAUUCUGAGGCUGGGCAUGGUGCCUCAUACCUGUAAUCCCAGCACUUUGGGAGGCCAAGGUGGGCAGAUCACUUGAAGUCAAAAGUUAGAAACCAGCCUGGCUAACAUGGAAACCCUGUCUCUACUAAAAAUACAAAAAUUAGCCAGGCGUGGUAGCAGUGCCUGUAAUCUCAGCUGCUUGGGAGGCUGAGGCAGAAGAAUUGCUUGAACCCAGCAGGUAGAGAUUGCAGUGAACUGAAAUCUCACCACUGCACUCCAGCUUGGGUGACAGAGCAAGACUCCGUCUCAAAAGGAAAAAAAAAAAAAAGACAAUUCUGAAAGUAGUAAGUGGUUCUACCAUGGGCCAGGAUGAGCGCAUCUGGGUUAUAGAUUCUAUCUCUGGCCUCAUCUAAUGGCUUUUUUUUCUUUUGAGACAGGGUCUCGCACUGGCCUGUCACCCAGGUUGGAGUGCAGGGUCGUGAUCAUGGCACACUGCAGCCUUGACCUCCCAGCUCAGCCUUCCGAGUAGCUGGGACAACAGGUGCAUGCCACCAUGCCUGGCUAAUUAAAAAAAAAAAAAAUUUUUAAGAGACAGGAUCUCCUUAUAUUGCCCAGGCUUGUCUCAAACUCCUGGUCUUAACCAAUUCUCCAGUCUUGGCCUCCCAAAGUGUUGGGAUUGCAGACAUGAGCCACCACGCCUGGCCCCCAAAGAUAUAAUAUGGUUAUUUGAAUAAGUGAUUUCCUCUCAAAACAUAAAUUCAUUGCUUCUGUUACUUUUGUAACUUUCUGAGAUGAAAAGUCGAAAAUUCCCAGAUUUUUUAUUGUUGUAAUGGUGGAAGAUUUUAGACAAGCAAGGAAGGAGCUAGAAUUACCCAUGUGAUAAUGAAUUAGAGUUGGAGGUGUAUGUAAGUAUGCACAGUAUGAAUUUAUGUUUAGCUUAAUAUAGAUACUGAUGGUUACACAUGACAAAUAUUUAUAGAUGUGCAUAGAUAGAUAGGUUGGUAUAUGCACAUGUAUUUCCUAGCUCCAUUGGCUAAGAGGGCCCAGAAGCCAUGUCAUCCCUGUAGCAACAAGCACAUUUAUCUUGGUUUGUAAUACUAUUCUUCAGUAAAAGCAACCAGGGCUCCUAGAAGCAAGGCCUAAUGAAAAUAUGUAAGAUUAGCCUGGAGCAUCUUAUAUAUCAGAAAGCAAGAUAGUACUCUAAAACUAAAAACAAUAAAACUGCUCCUCAAUAAUGGGAAUAUGUCAAAGGGUCACAGGAGCCAUGUGAAAGAGUUCGCAAUAGCCAACAAAAUGAAGAAGUAUUUGAAUUUAAAUCAAAGUAUAAAAUAAAUAUCUUUGAGUCCAUACUGAUGUAAACAACGGAUUGAAUAAAUAAAUAAAUGUGGGAGUCUAGACAAAUCUCCCAUGCAGAAGAAUUCCAAAUCAUUUAUGUAGGUAAAUACUUCACUGUCAAAGAGGCAGAGCAUAAUUAAUUCCCUACUCCUUUAAGUGUGGGCUGUUCUUAGUGACUUACUUCUGGAGUGCAGUAUAAACAGGAAAAAGAAGACAACUUCACAGUGGAGGAAUCUGGCAAACUAUCCCACCCAGAUGAUCAAGGUUUACAUCGAAAGCACUAAGCAAUGUUGAUACUGCACUGUGUUCCCUGGAUCUAAUGGGAUGAAAUGGCACUUUGUGUAGUUGUGCUUCCAGAAAAACCUCAUAGCCUUAGACUAAUCAUGGGAAGAACAUCAGUGGUAUCCUGGAUGGGAUCUUGGAAUAGUAAAAGGAUAUUGGUUAAAACUGAAUAGGGUAUAGAUGUUUGUUAGUAAUAAUGUAUCAAUAUUAGUUUAUUAAUUGUGACAAAUGUAACAUACUGUUGUAAGACAAUAAUAGAGGAAACUGGAUGUGAGGUGUAUGGGCACUCUGUACUGUCUUCACAGUUCUUAGGUAAAUCUGAAACUAUUCUAAAAUGAAAGUUUAUUUUUUAAAAGGUAGGAAAGUCUCACAUUUUGACUGUACUAUUUAGAUAAAACUUGGUGUUUUUAUCUGAGAAUGAGGUUUCCAAGAAUUGAAGAUACAAGUUAGCUAAGUAGUCAGUAGCAGUGAAACCAUAGAAUAUACUUGUGGUUUUAAGGCAGAUCUAUGCCACAGAGAGUAUCAGAACUAUGAUCCUUCCUACAAUGCUAUAUCUGACUAAAAAGAAAGAAAAAUAACUGUGGUCCUAGUUGCCAAUGUUGACUUAUAGCCAAAAAAAGAUAACUGUCUUAUUUGAAAGCAUCAUGAAAUGCUAUCAGUAUGCAGAAAUGAGAGGAGAUAACAGAGAGCUGUUCUAUUGUAUUUUUAUUUGAUGUUUUAAAAGAAUUGUUAAUAAUAUAAUGUGAAGAGAAGUCUUAGUUUCAGAGGAAUGGGAUGUUUGGAUUUUAAGAUUUAAUUUUGCAAAAUAUAGUCGGUCAUUUAAAAAGUUAACUUUAUAAUGAAAAGAGUUUGAAAUUGUUUUCUGUAUUAAUAUCUAUUUAUUUGUAAAAUUUACUUUUCUGCUUAGCUUUUUUUUUGGUAAAGUGAUUUUACCUCUUCUAUAUCAGUCCCCAAACUUUUUGACGAAUGGGGUGGGGGAUAGUUUCAGGAUAAAACUGUUCUACCUCAGAUCAUGAGACAUUAGAUUCUCAUAAGGAAUGUGCAACCUAGAUCCCUUGCAUGCACAGUUCACAAUAGGGUUUGUGCUGCUAUGAGAAUCUAAUGCUGCGGUUGAUCUGACAGGAGGUGGAGCUCAGGUGGUAAUGCUCACUCACCUGCCACUCACCUCCUGCUGUGUGACCUGGUCCCUAACAGGCUCAGGGGUUGGGCACUCCUGCUCUAGAUAACCUUUUGAAGAUCUGCAAAUUAACUUUAGUACUUUUUUGUAUUAUUUAAUAUUUUAAACAAACAAAAAUCUAGAGAAUAACGUAACACAUGUACUCUCUGCAUAUCCACUACUCUUUACUCAGACCCUAACAUUCUCAUUGUUGAAAAGAUGUAAGCUGGGCAUGAUGGCUCAUGUCGGUAAUGUCAGUACUUUGGGAGGCCAAGGCGGACAGAUCACUUGAAUCCAGGAGUUAGAGACCAGCCUGAGCUAUAAGGCAAAACCCUGUCUCUACAAAAAUUAGCCAGGUGUUAUGACAAGUAGUUCCAGGUACUCAGGAGCCUGUGGUGGGAGGAUCAGUUGACCAGAGACUAUAGUGAGUUGUGAUCCUGCCACUGCACUCUAGCCUGGUGACAAAGCAAGACCCUGACAAAAAAAAAAAAAAAAAGUAAACAUUACAGGACAAGCUGUGGUCCCCUGUGUAUCCUUUUUCAUUCCUAAUCCCCUUUAUGCACACUUUCCCACAGGUAAUUACUAUCCCAAAUUUGCUUUAAUUAUUCCCAUCAUGUUUUAUACUAUGACUACAAAUGUGUGAAGCUAUAUUCCAUUGUGCGUUAAUGCCAACAUUUUUAAUUUAUUUUACUACUGAUGGAAAAUUUAGGUUGUUUCCAGAUUUUAACUAUUACAUAUGCUUCUGUGAACAUUCUUAUUCAUUUCUCCUUGUGCACAUGUGCAAAAUUUCUCUGGAGUACACACCUGGGAGUGGAAUUGCUAGAAUCUGGCGCAUGCACAUGUUGUUGUAUUUAUCAAUAGUUAACUCUUAUUUAUUGCUGUGUUUUCCAUUACAUAUAUAUAUAUACCAUAAUUUGUGUAUCUAAUCACUUAUUUCUAGACAUUUGGGUUCUUUCUGUUUGACUAUUAGAAAUAAAGCAGCUGUAAACAUUUGGAUAUAAGUUUUUGUAUAGGCAUAUGCUUUGGUUUCUCUUAGGUAAAUGCCUAGGAAUGGAGGAAUAGCUGGGUCAUAUGGUAGGCUUAUGUUUAACUUUUUAAGAAAUUCCUGAACUGGUUUCCAAAGUGUUUGGACUGUUUUAUAUUCCCAGUAUCAGUAUGUGAGAGUUUUUGUUGCUCUACAUCCUCACCAACACUUGGUAUGAUUAGUCCUUUUUAGACAUCCUGUGGUGUGUGUGGUUUUUCAUUGUUUUAAUUGACAGUUUCCUGAUGACUAAAGAUAUUGGGUGCCAUAUGCAUAUUUUCCAUUUACGUAUCUUUUUUGUAAAGUUCAAAUCUUUAAAAUUGAGUUGGUUGGUUUUUAUUGAGUUUUGAGAAUUCUAUAUGCAAUUUGCAUACAAGUUCUUUACUAGAUAUGUAAUUUGCAAAUCUCUCUGUGGAUUGUCUUUUUAUUCUCUUAGCACUGCCUUUCAAAGAGAAGUUCUUAGUUUUGAUGAAGUUUAGUUUAUCAACAUUUUCUAGUAUGGGCAUUUAGGUUUUUGAUAUGUCUAAGAAAUCUUUGCCUAAACCAAGAUCACAAAGAUUUUCUCCAAUAUUAUUUUUUUUUCUUCUUCUCCAUCUUGUUUGGACCCAGUCUCACUCUGUUACCCAAGCUGGAGUGCAAUGGUGCAAUCUCGGCUCACUGCAAUCUCCAUCUCCUGGGUUCAAGUGAUUCUUGUGCCUCAGCCUCCUGAGUAGCUAGGAUUAGCAGCGUGUGCCAAUGCUCAGCUAAUUUGUGUCUGUGUGUGUGUGUGUGUGUGUGUGUGUGUGUGUAUGUAUGUAUGUUUAGUAGACACAGAGUUUCAUCAUGUUGGCAAGGCUGGUCUUGAACUUCUGGCCUCAGGUGAUCUGCUUACCUCAGCCUCCCAAAGUGCUGAUGACACAGGAUUUUUCUCAGCUACUUUGCCAACCAGGGACUUACUUGGCCAUGGGUCUGCCUCUGGCCCCCACCCACUUGGCCCAACUGUGUUGUAGCUUGUACCCAUGUUUAGUGGUUCCCAAGCUCUUAUCAUGCAUCUAAAACGAAUGAGGAUAUGCUGACAGUUUGAAGUGUGAGGAUGGGUGGAGAAGAAUUUUAUUGAAUGAUGGAACAGCUCUUAGCAGAGAGGGGAUGCAGGGGGUAGUCUCCCACCCCAUAGUCAGGUGGUUUCUCUCUCUCUGUGUCUGGGCCUGGGGCUUUUUAUAGACUCAGAAUGGGGAGUAUGUAUGGAUUGGUUUGUGAGUAUGCAAAAAAGGUUACAGUGAAGACAACACUCAAAGGUGGUCAUGAUAGUGUAGAAAACCAAUUAGGAAAGGGUAGAUAUGUGGCCAGGCAUGGUGGUUCAUGCCUGUAAUCCCAGCACUUUGGGAGGCUGAGGCAGGAGGAUCACCUGAGGUCAGGAGUUUGACACCAGCCUGACCAACAUGGUGAAACCACAUCUCUACUAAAAAUACAAAAAUUAGCUAAGUGUGGUGGCACACACCUAUAGUCCCAGCUACUUGGAAGGCCGAAGAAGGAGAAUUGCUUGAACCUGGAAGGUAGAGGUUGCAGUGAGCUGAGACUGCACCACUGCAUUUCUGUCUGGGUGACAGAGUGAGAGUCUGUCUCAAAGAAAAAACAAAGAGUAGGUAUGUGUAAAAUAGGUGAAGGGUAGGGGAUCCAUCAGAGGAAAGCAUGCCAAACAGGGAGACAGGUUCUCAAUCCAGUCCAUGGAUUUACCUGGGACUUGUAGGUAGGCUUUAAACUGUCUUAAUUUGAAGGUUGGGUUUCACUAGGGACCUGUCCCUACACCCGAUUUGCCUAGACAUUUGUCUGCCUCCUGCUACUACCAAUUCUCUCCUCUGAAGAGGUAUGUUUAAUGGCCAUUAGAAUAGGGAUAAUGAUUGAUAUUAACUGCUUCCUGCUGACAGGGGGUGCUAUGUUGGGAAAACGGAAGUCAGCUCUCCCUCAGAGGUCUAUCUAAGGUUCCCUGGUAAAAGGGAGUCAUUGUCUGAGGCUCCAGAAGCAUCACUGGAGUUUGAUGGCCUGAAAAUGAGAAAACACAACCACAUUAUUAGAAGACAUAUAUAAAAUCGAACUAAGGAGAUAAAGACAGCUCAAAAAUCCCAAGGCUGCCAACAUACCCAGAUAACUGGUGGCUAUAGUUAUGCCUGCUAAGAUUUGGGUGCAUGAGGCUUGGCUUUGGUCAGCUUCUUUGGUCUUAUUUUCCCAAACAAAGAAACUUCCAGGUUAGGACACCCUAUUUACUCCUAUCACCUGGCAGGAUUUGAGGAUAAUUGCCCAGAACUAGAAUAUUGAUCCAGAUUUUGACAUCACCCAUCCCUUUUGUUUCUUCUGAGCUACAGCUGAUGAUCACUAGUUGGUUUACAUAAAUAAGCAGGGUUAGUCUAAAAUGCAGACAAAAACUUAAAAACAACUAACGAGACUAGAAUUUAAUGACAAGUAUAUGAUAACUUUUGAAACAUAAUUUUUCUCUCUCCAGUCCUCAUUUUUGUCAAAAACAAAUCAUGAUAUGACUGAGUUGUUUGCAAAAUAAAAAUUUAGUCUUAUAUUUGGCCUGGUUAUUUGCAUAAAGUAUAGCAAGAAUAAUUAUUUUUCACACAGGCUUUUAAAAUUGGCUUUGAUGGAACUCUGUUCCACAAGGAAUUUAAGAUAAAACUUUUCAAAGCUGAGCCCAGCCAUGGGUUUGUACCCUCAAAUACCUAUGAGUUGGGUAAAUUCUUCUCUUUAGGUCCCAAGAUAUCACAGGGUUCUUGGGCCUAUUAUUUACUCACCACAGGUUGGGAACCCUGUAUAAGGACUGUGUAGAAGAAAAAGUAUGAGGCCAGUUUUCCCAAAGGGCUUUUAUUGACUCUGCAAGUCAGACUUGAUUUCUUAAAUGUAAGCACACCCUUCCAGUCAAAACCUUGGCAAAACAGUCAGUUUCUCCAAUUGUGUCCUGUUGCAAAAGAAAAUGGAUUCUUAUUGCACUGAUGCAAAUAACUGUGUUGCUGCAAAUUAAGAAUACUCAUGCCGGCGCGGUGGCUCACACUGGUAAUCACAGAACAUUGGGAGGCUGAAGUGGGCAGAUCAUGAGGUCAGGAGAUCAAGACCAUCCUGGCUAACAUGGUGAAACCCUGUCUCUACUAAAAAUACAAAAAUGAACUGGGCGUGGUAGCACAUGCCUGCAGUCCCAGCUACUUGGGAGGUUGAGACAGGGUAUUCACUUGAACCUAGGAGGCAGAGGUUGCAGUUAGCCAAGGUGACUCCACUAGAUUCUACCCUGGGUGACAAAGUGAGACUCCAUCCCAAAAAAAAAAAAAAAAAAGGAAUACUCACAAAUAAUUUCCAAAUUCUGGAGAAACUAGGCAGAAAGAAAUAAAUGCGCUUCAAAUUUAUUUUGUUUAUUGGAGUAUAGCUUAAUUGUUAAAAGCUAUAGGUAGCUCAAAAUAAGUUUCCCUGACUCUGAAAAACAAAACAAGGAUCAGCAAUGUUUUAAGCAAAAAGUUAAAAAAGAUUACUUCAGCUUUCUAUUAGUUCAGUACAUUUUGUUAAUUCUUCUUCUGCUUGAUAUUCGUGAGCAUUUCAGCUCUUCAUGAGUCCUGUACAUUUCUGCUCUAUUCCAAUGUGACAAUCUUCAAAGUUAUCAGAAACUUGGAUUUGAGAGCACCUGUCAAAGUCCUAUAGCUGAUUAUAAAGCAUCUUUUAAAUAGGACAAAAAUAAGACAGUUGUCUGUGAUGACAAAAUGUCUUUGGGUAGGUGCAGUCAAAAAUAUGAUUGGCAAAGAAAUUUGAUUAUUUCUGUGAUUUACAAUAACAAUGUAAUAAUCUUAGUUAUGACUGAUAGCAUAUACUCAGAGAUUAGAAUUUUAGAAAUAUCAUACAAUUUUGGAACAUAUAAUAGUAUUUUUACUAAAAUAUAACCUGAAGAAGAUUAAACAUUAUUUUUAUUUUGGCAAUCCCAUGUAACUAAACAUGUCAGUUAAUCCUGUUUACCUCUCUUUUGGAAGCUCCAAAAGCCUUCUGUAGCAUCCAAAAGUAAGGGGUCAGAAAAGACAAACUUGAAACUGAAGUUUGAUUUGGGGAAGCUUGUUAAUUAUGUUAGAGGUUUCAAACACUUUAUAUUAUGAAAUAGAAUUCCAGAUUACCAUAAGUCAUUUAUUUAGCCAAAAUAAUGACUCAAAAAUUUUUUUAAAGGUAAAAACUUUUUCUCAUUAAAAGGGAAGCUGGGUGCAGUGGCUCACACCUGUAAUCCCAGCACUUUGGAAGGCCAAGGCAGGCAGAUCAUCUGAGGUCAGGUGUUUAAGACCAGCCUGACCAACAUGGAAGAACCCCAUCUCUACUAAAAAUACAAAAAUUAGCUGGGUGUGGUGUGCAUGCCUGUAAUCUCAGCUAUUAGGGAGGGAGGCUGAGGCAAAAGAAUUGCUUGAAUCCAGGAGACGGAGGUUGUGAUGAGCCAUGAUCAUGCCAUUGCACUCCAGCCUGGGCAACAAGAGCAAAACUCUGUCUCAAAUAAAAGAAAUAAAAAGAGGGAAUACAGCUUUCCAAACAAUCUGUCUCUGGUGUCCCCCAUACCCUUUAUUUUUUUAUGAAACCUCAUAGAUAAUUCUGUCUAUUCUUAACUAGUUUGACCGUGAGGUGAUAUUCUUAUAAACUUUUACAAAUUUUUGUUAAAGAGAAGACCAGUGCCUUAAGAGAACCUUAUUGUGCUUUUAUUCUAAUGUUCAAUUUACAGAAAAACCAUAUAAUACCCUUUUGAAUUUAGUCAGUAUGUUCACAUACAGAAUUUCUUUUGCAAGAUUAAUUUUUACAAACCUUCCACAACUUGUUUAAACCUUGAACUUUAUCUUAUGCAACUUAAAACAAUUCUUUAAUUCUCUAAACUAGACAAAAACGUACAUUCCCAUGCCUUCUUAUAAUCCUUUGCUAAAAACAUAUUUUACUUUCCUUAAACACCUUGAUGUAAAUCUGUUUUCAGUAGUCUCAAUUACAGGGUAUAAUGGUAAACCUUAGCAAUUUUUAAUUUUAAUAUAAAGUCUGGUAACUUAUUUUAGUUAUGUGCUAGGCACAAAUAAGGUCUGACACUUUCCAAUAUAGUUAGGGGUGUAGUUAAUUCCAUGUGUCCGCAGACCUUACCAAACUGUAAAGCAAGCAAGGUGAACAAUUUUCAAAAGCCAAAGAAGCACGUUAGGUGCUGUGGCUCACACCUGUAAUUCCAGCACUUUGGAAGGCCGAGGCAGGUGGAUCACCUGAGGUCAGGAGUUCAAAACCAGUCUGGCUAACAUGGUGAAAACCUGUCUCUAUUUUUAAAAAAUACAAAAAUUAGCUGGGCAUGGUGGCACAUGCCUGUAGUCCCAGCUACUACUCAGGAGGGUGAGGCAGGACUAUCACUUAAACCUGGGAGGCUGAGGGAACAAAGAUCAUGAAACUGCACUCCAGCCUGGGCAACAGAGUGAGACUGUUGGAAAAAAAAAAGAGAGAGAGAGAAGAAAAAGCCAAAGAAGAAAUUUAUAACUUUAAAGCAUUUAAUAAACCUAGUAACUGACCCGCAUAAUUUAGAGCACAUGUUUACAUUUUAAAGACAUUUGUAUUUUACCAAUAAUCUCUAAAAAUUUCUAUUUUUCAAAGAUUAAAAUCAUGUGAACUAUGUUCUUCAUCUGUACCCCAGAACCUAAAGUGCAAUCAAAUAUAUUUUUUUUUAAAUCAAGUGAACUAAAAGGCAUUACAGCUUUUAUUUUUCCUUCAAAAGAUAUUUGAUCUAAGUGCUUAUUUUUCUCUAAGCCAAUUAAUUAGAGCUCUUUUUAUACAAACAUCACACAUGUUACACAUAUAUAACUACACAGACAGAAGAUCCAGUAGUUGUAAGAUUUUUCAUUGCCCAAUCAUCUUUUUUUUUUUUUUUAAUUUUUUAUUGGAUUUUAGGUUUUGGGGUACAUGAGCAGAGCAUGUAAGACAGUUGCGUAGGAACACACAUGGCAGUGUGCUUUUCUUUCCUUCUCCCCUUCACCCACAUUUGGCAUUUCUCCCCAGGCUAUCCCUCCCCACCUCCCCCUCCCACUGGCCCUCCCCUUCCCCCCAAUAGACCCCAGUGUUUAGUACUCCCCUCCCUGUGUCCAUGUGUUCUCAUUUUUCAUCACCCACCUAUGAGUGAGAAUAUGUGGUGUUUCAUUUUCUGUUCUUGUGUCAGUUUGCUGAGGAUGACGUUCUCCAGAUUCAUCCAUGUCCCUACAAACGACACAAACUCAUCAUUUCUGAUUGCUGCAUAAUAUUCCAUGGUGUAUAUGUGCCACAUUUUUCCAAUCCAGUCUAUUAUCAAUGGGCAUUUUGGUUGAUUCCAGGUCUUUGCAAUUGUAAACAGUGCUGCAAUUAACAUUCGUGUACAUGUGUCCUUAUAGUAGAACGAUUUAUAGUCUUUUGGAUAUAUACCCAGUAAUGGGAUUGCUGGGUCAAAUGAAAUUUCUAUUUCUAAGGCCUUGAGGAAUCGCCACACUAUCUUCCACAAUGGUUGAACUAAUUUACACUCCCACCAACAGUGUAAAAGUGUUCCUUUUUCUCCACAUCCUCUCCAGCAUCUGUUCUGGUUUGGUUUCUGUAUUCUGAGUUCUAACUUGAUUGUACUAUGGUCUGAGAGGCUGUUUGUUAUUAUUUCAGUUGUUUUGCAUUUGUUGAGCAGUGCUUUACUUCCAAUUAUGUGGUCAAUUUUUGAGUAGGUGUGAUGUGGUGCUGAGAAGAAUGUAUAUUCUGUGGAUUUGGGGUGGAGAGUUCGGUAAAUGUCUAUCAGGUUUGCUUGUUCCAGGUCUGAGUUCAAGCCUUGGAUAUCCUUGUUGAUUUUCUGUCUGGUUGAUCUGUCUAAUAUUGACAGUGGAGUGUUAAAGUCUCCCACUAUUAUUGUGUGGGAGUCUAAGUCUCUUUGUAAGUCAUUAAGAACUUGCCUUAUGUAUCUGGGUGCUCCUGCAUUGGGUCCAUAUAUGUUUAGGAUCGUUAACUCUUCUUGUCGUAUCGAUCCUUUUACCAGUAUGUAAUGACCUUCUUUGUCUCUUUUGAUCUUUGUUGCUUUAAAGUCUAUUUUAUCAGAGAUGAGAAUUGCAACUCCUGCUUUUUUUUGCUCUGCAUUUGCUUGGUAAAUCUUCCUCCAUCCCUUUAUUUUGAGCCUUUGUGUAUCCUUGCAUGUGAGAUGGGUUUCCUGGAUACAGCACACUGAUGGGUUUUGGAUUUUUAUCCAAUUUGCCAGUCUGUGUCUUUUGAUUGCUGCAUUUAGUCCAUUUACAUUUAGGGUUAAUAUUGUUAUGUGUGAAUUUGAUACUGCCAUUUUGAUGCUAAGUGGCUGUUUUGCCUGUUAGUUGUUGUAGAAUCUUCAUUAUGUUGAUGCUCUUUAACUUUUAGUGUGAUUUUGGAAUGGCUGGUACUGGUUGUUCCUUUCUAUGUGUAGUGCCUCUUUUAGGAGCUCUUGUAAAGCAGGGCUGGUAGUGACAAAAUCUCUGAGUACUUGCUUGUUCACAAAGGAUUUUAUUUUUCCUUCACUUCUGAAGCUCAGUUUGGCUGGAUAUGAAAUUCUGGGUUGAAAGUUCUUUUCUUUAAGAAUGUUGAAUAUUGGCCCCCACUCUCUUCUGGCUUGUAGUGUUUCUGCCGAGAGAUCUGCUGUGAGUCUGAUGGGCUUCCCUUUGUGGGUAACUCGACCUUUCUCUCUGGCUGCCCUUAGUAUUUUCUCCUUUAUUUCAACCUUGUUGAAUCUGACGAUUAUGUGCCUUAGGGUUGCUCUUCUUGCGAAAUAUCUUUGUGGUGUUCUCUGUAUUUCCUGCAUUUGAGUGUUGGCCUGUCUUGCUAGGUGGGGGAGGUUUUCCUGGAUGAUGUCCUGAAGAGUAUUUUCCAGCUUGGAUUCAUUCUCUUCAUCCCCUUCUGGUACACCUAUCAAACGUAGAUUAGGUCUUUUCACAUAGUCCCACAUUUCUUGGAGACUUUGUUCAUUCCUUUUUGCACUUUUUUCUCUAAUCUUGGUUUCUCGUUUAAUUUCAUUGAGUUGGUCUUCGACUUCAGAUAUUCUUUCUUCUGCUUGGUCAAUUCGGCUAUUGAAACUUGUGCAUGCUUCGCGAAGUUCUCGUAUUGUGUUUUUCAGCUCCUUUAAUUCAUUCAUAUUCCUCUCUAAGUUAUCCAUUCUUGUUAUCAUUUCCUCAUAUGUUUUUUUAAGUUCCUUAGUUUCUUUGCAUUGAUUUAAUACAUGUUCUUUUAGCUCACAAAAGUUUCUCAUUAUCCACCUUCUGAAGUCUAAUUCCGUCAUUUCGUCACAGUCAUUUUCCGUCCAGCUUUGCUCCCUUGCUGGUGAGGAGUUUUGGUCCUUUCUAGGAGGCGAGGUGUUCUGGUUUUGGGUGUUUUCCUCCUUUUUUCGCUGGUUUCUUCCCAUCUUUAUGGGUUUAUCCGCUUGUCGUCUGCGUAGUUGCUGACUUUUCGAUUGGGUCUCUGAGUGGACACCCAGAUUGUCGAUGAUGAAGUAUUUCUGUUACUUGGUUUUCCUUCUACCAGCCUAGCCCCUUCGCUGUACGACUGCUGAGGUCCACUCCAGGCCCUGCUUGUCUGGGGUGCACCUCUAGCAGCUGUGGCACAGUGAGGGAUGCUACCCGUUUCUUUUUCUGCUAUCUUUGUCCCAGGAUGAUGCCUGCCAAAUGUCAGUCUUUUGGAUAUAGAGGGGUCAGGGAGCUGCUUGAGGAGACAGUCUGUGUACUUUUUUGGAGCUCAAUUGCUGAGCUGUGAGCUCUGUUGUUCAUUCAGGACUGUUAGGCUGCUAUGUUUGAUUCUGCUGCAACAGAGCUCAUUAAAAAAAACCCUUUUUUUCUCAAAUGCUCUGUGUUGGGAGGUUCGGGCUUUAUUUUUCGAUGUCCGAUGAGGUGUCCUGCCCAGCUAGAAGGCAGACUAGCCACUGUUUGGCUGCCGAGGCUCCGCCCUGCUGUUGUGUGAUUCGCCCUGUUCCUGCAGGCUCUGCUGUGGUCUCCGCCACGCCCUGCGGCGGAGUCUCUUUGUUGUAGUGUGUUGCCUCGGCAACGGCAGGCUGCAUCAGCAGUGGGCGUGUAUCUCAGUAGGGACAGGUUGCCUCGGCAACGGAAGGCUGCGUCAGCAGUGGGCGUGUAUCUCAGUAGGGACGGGUUGCCUCGGCAACGGCUGGCUGCGUCAGCAGUGGGCGUGUAUCUCAGUUGGGGCGGGUUGCCUCGGUAGUGGUGGACACCCCUCCCCCACAGAGCGUCUCGGACCAUCUGCUCGGGAUAGUUUGAAAUCGUGGUUUUGUUCGUCCCACUGGGUGUCCCAAACGAUCUGUCCUGCAAUCCCCUGGGCUGGCCUACUGUCCACGUCUCGUUCAGUCUCAAGUCCAGCCCUCUCAAGUCUCAGGUUGCCGGUUCAACAGGGCACCUGGACAAGCGCGCCCUGUGGGGAUUGCUGGGUAGGGCCGGCCGCCGCCGCCCCGGCUGCCGGCUUCGCCAGGCCGACCUACUGCCUGGCGUCCCGUGUCUUUUUUAUACUUGGGAGUUUCCCCGUUCUGUGGGCAACAAAGAUCAGUCUGGAAAUGCAACUCUGACUCACCGUUUGCGGAUUCAACGAGAGCUCCAAUCCUGGGUUGUUCUCACAGCGCCAUCUUGAGUCCUCCCCAUCUUUUUUUUUUUUAAUGGGCCUCAAAAUUCUGUCAAAAAUUUUGGUCAAGUUGUUUCCAUUAAAAACUACUGAUUUUGGAAGAGGAGAUCCAAGAUGGUGGAAUAGGAACAGCUCUGGAUUGUAGCUCCCAGCAAAAACACAGAGGAUGAGUGACCACUGUAUUUACAAACUAAUUUUUACUGCCCACAGACCAGGAGAUUCCUGGGCAGAAAAGCACCACAGGUCUCUAGUACAGCUGUUUCAGCUGGCACAGUGGGUCUCCACACAAAAACUCACACAAAUCUGGGUGCCAUUUCAACUGGCAACUGGAAUGCCUGGGAGACAGAGUCACCCGUUCAACUGAGAAAAAGGGGGCUGAAACAGGGAGCCAGGUGAUCUGGCUUGGCUGGUCCCCCCCAACACAAAGACCAGCAAUCUGAAAUGCUCUGGAUUGAGAGUUUCACAGCAAGCACAGCUGGACCCAGGAUGGUACAGCUCCUUGGGGGGAAGGCUGUCCACCAUUACCAAGGCAGUCCACCAUUACAGAGACAGUCUGCCAUUUCCAAGGCAGUUCUAACUAUACACCUAUAAAAAAAACUGCAAGGACGUUCACACAGCAACUGGGCAGAGCCCAUGGCAACUCAGCAAUGCCUCUGCUGGCAGACUGUGACUAGGCUACCUCCUCACUGGGCAGGGCAUCUAUGAAAAAAGGGAGCAGCAUGACAGGGACUUAUAAAUAAAGCCCUACCUUCUAGUGACAGAGCACCUGGGAAAAAAAGGUGGUUAUGAAUUCUUCUGCAGCAGACUUAAAUGUACCUGCCCAGCAGCUCUGAACAGAACAAUGAAGCUCACAGCUCAGCAACUGAGCUCCUAUAAGGGACACACUGUCUCCUCAGGAGCUCCCUGAUCCCCGUAUAUCCAAAGAGUCACCUCAUAAAGGAGAGCUCAGACUGACAUCUGGCAGGUAUCCUUCUCAGACAAAAAUAGCAGAAGAAGAAACUGGCAACAACCCUUACUGUUCUGCAGCCACUGCAGGUGAUCCCCAGGCAAGCAGGGUCUGGAGUGGACCUCCAGCAGUCCUACAGCAGAGGGCCUGACUGUUUGAAGGAAAACUAAGAAGCAGAAAGAAAUAACUUCAUCAUCAACAAACUGGAUGUCCACUCAGAGACCCCAUCUGAAAGUCACGAACUACAAAGACCACAGGUAGAUAAAUCCAUAAAGAUGGGAAGAAACCACACAAAAAGGAUGAAAAUACCCCAAACCAGAAUGCCUCUCCUCCUCCAAGGGAUCACAACUCCUCACCAGCAAGGGAGCAAGGCUGGAUGGAGAAUGAGUCUGAUGAAUUGAUAAAAACAGGAUUCAGAAGGCGGAUAAUAACAAACUUCUCUGAAUUAAAAGAACAUGUUCUAACCCAAUGCAAAGAAACAAAUAACCUUGAAAAAAGGUUUGAGGAAAUGCUAACGAGAAUAAACAGCUUAGAGAGGAAUAUAAAUGAAUUGAUGGAUCUGAAAAGACCAACACAAGAACUUCACGAAGCAUACACAAGUUUCAAUGGCUGAAUUGACCAAGCAGAAGAAAGGAUAUCAGAGAUUGAAGAUCAAUUCAAUGAAAUAAAAUGAGAAGGCAAGAUUAGAGAAAAAACAAUGAAAAGAAAUGAACAAAGCCUCCAAGAAAUAUGGGAUUAUGUGAAAAGACCUAAUCUACAUUUGAUAGGUGUGCCUGAAUGUGACAGAGAGAAUGAAACAAAGCUGGAAAACACUCUUCAGGAUAUUAUCCAGGAGAACUUCCCCAACCUAGAUGUGCCUCAAGAUAUUCCUCAAGAAGAGCAACCCCAAGGCACAUAGUCAGAUUCGCCGGGGUUGAAAUGAAGGAAAAAAUUCUAAGGGCCGCCAGAGAGAAAGGUUUGGUUACCCACAAAGUAAAGCCCAUCAGACUCACAGCAGAUCUCUCAGAAGAAACCCUACAAGCCAGAAGAGAGUGGGGACCAACGUUCAACAUCCUUAAAGAAAAGAACUUUCAACCUAGAAUUUCAUAUCCAGCCAAACUAAGCUUCAUAAGCGAAGGAGAAAUAAAAUCCUUUAUGAACAAGCUAUUACUCAGAGAUUUCAUCACCACCAGGCUUGGGAGGGUGCAAGUGUCCAGGAAUUUAUUCAUUUUUUUCAGGCUUACUGGUUUAUGUGCAUAGAGUUGUUUGUAGUAAUCUCUGAUGGUGGUUUCUAUUUCUGUGGUGAUAUCCCAUUUAUCAUUUUUAAUUGCAUCUAUUUGAUUAUUCUCUUCUUUUUUAUUAAUCUGGCUAGUGGUCUAUUUUGUUGAUCUUUUCUAAAAACCAGCUCCUGGAUUUAUGGAUUUUUUGAAUGGUUUUUUGUGUCUCUAUCUCCUUCAGUUUUGCUCUGAUCUUAAUUAUUUCUUGUCUUCUGCUAGCUUUUGAGUAUUUUUGAUCUUGCUUCUCUAGCUCUUUCAAUUUUGACGAUUCCUGAAAGAAGCACUAAACAUAGAAAGGAACAACCAGUACCAGCCACUCUGAAAACAUACCAAAUUGUAAAGAGCAUCAAUACAAUGAAGAAACUGUAUCAACUAAUGGCAAAACAACCAGCUAGCAUCAAAAUGUCAGGAUCAAAUUCACACAUAACCGUAUUAACCUUAAAUAUUAGGUUAAACCAGGCUAAAUGCCCCAAUCAAAAGACUCAGACUGGCAAUUUGGAUAAAAAGUCAAAACCCAUAGGUGUGAUGUAUCCAGGAAACCCAACUCACAUGCAAGGAUACACACAGGCUUAAAAUAAAGGGGUGGAAGAAGAUUUGCCAAGCAAAUGGAGAGCAAAAAGAAAAGCAGGAGUUGCAAUCCUAGUCUCUGAUAAAAUAGACUUUAAACCAACAAAGAUCAAAAGAGACAAAGAAGGGCAUUACAUACUGGUAAAAGGAUCACUGCAACAAGAAGAGCUAAUGAUCAUAAAUAUAUACGCACUCAGUACAGGAGCACCCAGAUGCAUAAGGCAAGUUCUUAAUGACCUACAAAGAAACUUAGAUUCCCACACAAUAAUAGUGGGAGACUUUAACACUCCACUCUCAAUAUUAGACAGAUCAACCAGAUGGAAAAUUAACAAGGAUAUCCAGGACUUGAAAUCAGACCUGGACCAAGCAAACCUAAUAGACGUUUACAGAACUCUCCACCCCAAAUGCACAAAAUACGCAUUCUUCUCAGCACUGCAUCACACCUACUCUAAAACUGACCACAUAACUGGAAGUAAAUCACUCCUCAGCAAAUGCAAAAGAGCAGAAAUAAUAAAAAACUCUCUCAGACCACAGUGCAAUCAAUUUAGAACUCAGAUUUAAGAAAU